AUGCCGCCUGCGCGUCGCAGCAGCAGCAGCGGGAGGGACGACAACAUCGCGUGCGAAGCAGCCGCUCUGAUCGCAGGGAGGCUCCGCUCGCCCUCCCGCUCCUGCGCGCCGGCCCCGCCAGGCGCGGCUCCAGCAGGGGAAGCGGCGGCGAAAGCUCCGGCUCCAGUCCCGCGGAGCGCGCGGAGGCGAGACGGGCAUCGCCGGGGCUGCCAAGUGCGGUGAGUCUCGAAGCGGCUCGGGGGGCUCGGGAUUUUGCAAAGGGGACGAGGAAUCCUCUGCGCAAUCUUCCCAAGGGGGCAAGAGGCCGGGUCGCCCUUCAGUUGCUGGCUUUGCAACAGCUUUCUGUUGGCUACUAAAAAAAAAACCGCAGAUUUGCUAACCAGGAGCGGUUUUUGUUUUUGGGAAGCCUGCUUUCUUGGACAGGUGUCUCUGGACGAAAGAAAGCAAACGCGGGCUUUCGCAGCUCAGCGGGCAGGAUUGGGCUCAGUGGGCGCUUCGCCCGCCACCCAUUGCUGUUUGCUGAGAAGAGCUCCUGUGUCCCUGUUGCAGAAGGGACAACUUUUCCCAAGAGUUAUUUAUGCGCACUUAUUACCUGGGACCAAGUUCCUCCGAUCUUAGUAGGACUGGUGAACCUUUAUUAGGAUAGAGUGGUUGGUGCAGCAACUUUCCCCAGCACAAUUCUGCUGGCAGACGAAUAGAAGUGGCGGAGGACUCCUUUCUGCGCCGUCCUCCGAGGUGCAGGAUCCGUCCUGGGUCUCUUAUCCGGCAACUCGAUCUGCUACUGGCAGGAUUUGAGUUGCAGUAGAGUUCACCCUUCAAAACCCUUUGCCUCCCCCAACAAACGAAAAAUAUUUGUUAACUGGAAUUUCAAAUUAUAAAAUAGGACUUAUUUCCCGGUCUUAUUUUAAAUCGGCUUGUUUCUGGGUAAACAUGGAUAGUGCGAGACACAGUAGUAAUAUUUGUUUCGAAACAUAUUUAUAUUGGUAAAGUUUAUUCUUAUUUGGAACCUGCUUUUAAUGCUAGUUUGGGAACACAUAGGUUAAGAGAGACUCUGAGAAUAUACAAAGUGCCUUUCUUUCCCCACUGACACACCUGAGCUUCGGAACAAGGGUUCUAAACCGCAAAACAUCUGUCAUUUUAGAAAUUAAUAGUUGGCAGCUAUGAUUCUUUGCUUCUGCGUCACAUUGCCUUUUUUAACUCUUCUUUUACUCAUUGUGUGCUUGCUCUUUCGCUCUACUCUAGUGAGUAUGUAAAAACCCUUGCAGAUUAUUAUUCGGGGUCAUGGCCCGAAAAGAUUGAGAGAAGAGAAAAUGUCUUUAUAGGAUGCUCCCUGCUAUUUGCACAACUUUAUUAAAAAAUGGUGCAAUAGCCUGAGUAGGUGACUUUCAAGAGGGGGGUGUACGCUAGUAAAAGGUUGUUAGGGCAAAUAAAGAGUGUUGCAUUCUGAUUCUAAGUUCCUUCUGCUUCAAAAUAAGACUAAACUAUUUAUGUGGAUCUCAGGACGCUAGCCAGGUAAAUGUUCACCAUAUUCACUCAGAAGUAAAUUCCACAGCAUCUGAGCCAGGGGCGAAACCACCCCGGUCACAGACCCAGUUUGGCACCCCCCAUGCACACAGGCUGGGAGCCUCAAUGGCCCCUUCUGGAAGCUUCUCGCAAGGCAAAAAGCCUGGAUACAUAGCCAUGGCUCUGCUUGAGCACAGAGAUGCAGUUAUAUUUACAUAACCCAGUUAAGUUUUGCUUGUUUAUUUGUUUGUUUACACCAGGGGUCAGCAAACUUUUUCAGCAGGGGGCCGGUCCACUGUCCCUCAGACCUUGGGGGGGGGGGAGGCGGACUAUAUUUUGAAGGAAAAAAUGAACGAAUUCCUAUGCCCCACCAAUAACCCAGAGAUGCAUUUUAAAUAAAAGGACACAUUCUACUCAUGGGGAAACAUGCUGAUUCCUGGACCGUCCGCAGGCCGGAUUUAGAAGGCGAUUGGGCUGGAUCCAGCCCCUGGGCCUUAGUUUGCCUACCCAUGGUUUACACUGUCCCCAUCCAGUGUCAGCUCUUGGCCAAUAGAGGCGCUGCUGGUCUCCUCCCACCCCUGUUCCCAGUGUAGAAAAUUCACACACACACACACACACACACACACACACACACACACACACACACACACACACACACACACACACACACACACACACACACACCCACCCCCGUUCCUGAUGUAGAUCCCCUUCUUUCCUGGUGGGGAGGCAUUUGGUGGUUUGCCUCAGGUACCAAAAUGUCUUGGGAUGGUCCUGAUUAUCAAGGCAUGAAACGCCCAUAGUGGAUAUAGGCAAUUCUACCAUGGAGGCUCCAGGAGCCUUCAGUGGCAGCUUGGAAUCUAGAGCACCCCAGAUUGUGUCCCUUUGGGUGGGGGGUUACCCACUCCAGAACAGUCUACCUACUUCCUGGACCCAGGGCUACAGCCCACAAAUGCUCUCCAUCCUACGAGAAUUUAGCCUUCAUUUAGAACCACACAGAGGAGUUCCUCAAGUUUGCUGACUUCCUCGGGUCUGGAACAGAUUCCUUAAAUACUUUACUAAUAAAUUAAUUUAAAAUAAUUUUAGUUAUAAUUCCAUAUGAGUGCUUUGAUUAGCAGACAGAAUUAAAUUAAAUCCAAGUACACUUAACUGUGAGUCAGGCUCUUAGACGACUGAUGAACCUUUUAAACUGCUAGCUAAGUGAACUUAUAUACUUCAGUGGGCUAAUUUUAAGAUAACUUUGAAAUUGUGUAAGAUUUUUCUUGAGUAAAUAGUGUAGGCCUUUUGAAAAUUGCCUUAAACAUUUCUUCUAAUGAGAUGGACACAACUAAGUUUGCAGCAGUGCCAUUCACACUCAUCCUACAGAAAAUUCCAAUUGAAAUAUGGUUAAAAUAAAGUCACCAAAUUAAUAUUGUCGGUGAAAGUAGUCCAUCAUCUUUUACUGUGGUUUCCAAACUUCCAAUCUUCAGGGAGUCCUAAUCACAUUGACUUUGUGCCUGGAACCCCUCUGCAUUGUAAAAAUUCUGAGGUGUGAUGUAAAGAGUCACUUUUUUUCUAAAUGACUUUCUUAUUGAUAGUUCUGGUCUGUUUCUGGGGAGGUUAGACAAUGGUGCUUCUACUGCAUGUUACCUCACACUGCCCUGAUGGUGUCCUUAUCACAAAAUACCUGAUCUUUGGGGGAAGUAGGUCUGUUGCGCAAUCAACCUUAUUUGUGGAUCCUAAAGUUCUCAGGACACGGGUGGUGCUGUGGUCUAAACCACAGAGCCUAGGGCUUGCCAAUCGGAAGGUCAGUGGUUUCAAAUCCUGGCGACGGGGUGAGCUCCCAUUGUUUGGUCCCAGCUCCUGCCAACCUAGCAGUUCAAAAGCAUGUCAGAGUGCAAGUAGAUAAAUAGGUACCGCUCUGGCGGGAAGGUAAACGGCAUUUCCAUGCGCUGCUCUGGUUCUCUAGAAGCGGCUUAGUCAUGCUGGCCACAUGACCCGGAAGCUGUCUGUGGACAAACGCCGGCUCCCUCGGCCUAUAGAGUGAGAUGAGCGUGCAACCCCAGAGUCAUCUGCGACUGGAUCUAACGGUCAGGGGUCCCUUUACCUUUUAAAGUUGUCAGUAUGUUAUUGAAUCCCACCCAAAAAGGAAUGGCAGUUCAGGCAUUCCGUUUGUGUGUGAUGCAAAGGCAGGUCUGCUUUUAGACAGGAAAUACAGAAAGCUUAUAGUGGAUUAGAACUUUGGUCCAUCUUGCUAACCUGGGACCUACUGCCCACAAAGCAAGUGUUCUCCCACUGAGCCAGGCCCUUUGCCUGGAAAGAGCAUCUCCCACAUUCCUCUGGGGCUGCGCCUUAAGAGAGGAAGUUCAGGCAAACUGUUUUUCAGACAAGUUACUGAUACGGCAUUUUUGCUGGGCUUCUUCAUUUUACUGUCCUUUUACUGUUCUUACAAGUGAUGUCAUUGUGUGAUUAUGUUUAUUCGGUGGCUUUCGGCACCAGGAUUGCAGUUGCAUAAAUCUUCCAGAGAAAAGAGGAAAUACUUGCACUUAAAAAUGAGAAUAGGGAUUAAUUUCUGAGUUACAUUUUUGUUCACGCUGUUCCAUAUUUAUAUGUAUCUGGAUGUGUGAGUGCAUUUCUUAUCCCAAGUGCCGCACCUGCUUUCUAGCAUGUUUCUGGACAAACAAAAACACACACACUCAAAAAUGAAAUACUGUAUUGGGAUGGCUGCUCAAAAAAUAUAUGCUUACAAAAAUAUAACGUGUUUAAAAUAUAACUUAAGUUUUGUCCUUGAUCGAGUGUGCACAAUAUAAAAAAUGCUAAAAUACAAAAACAAUAUAAUUUUAAAUUGUGAUGCCAUCUCAUUCCUCCUCACCCAACACUUCUUGAAGGUGUGGCAUAGUUAGGCUGUUUUCACAACCAUUAUGCUUAAAGAGGCUUUCACAUUUCCUGAAUCUAUAAUUUCUUGGGGCCGUAGUGGAUAGCUUGAUGACCCAGUGUGCAGCUGCUGAAAUACUACAUGGCAAUUCACGCCUUGUCACUGUCAAGGAUGACAAGUUAAGGUAAUUUGCCCUGGGAAAUUUUCAGUUAGCAUCAGAAUUAGACAGUGAUCUAAUUUAGCAUGUUUAUUUUACUUGUUUUUAACCAACAAAGCUAAACACUUUAAAACUUGCUUAAUACUUAUUUGUGAUUUGCAUCCGUUCAUCAUUCCUAAUGAAAUGAACAGUUUCCUAUGGAAAAAUGAAGCACUGGAAAAUUUCCCGCAUGGCUGGAACCUAUUUUCUCACACUAAAUUUCUUGACUAUUAAGAUCUUCCUCCGAGGUUCUGCCUCAGUGCUGCCCCCACCCUCAGUUGUCUCCCUGGGGUAGGCUCAGCUGCUAUUGUACAUGGAUUAUUUUUGGUGUUAAAUUAUCUUAUUUUACCCAGGCCACCUAAAACAGGGAGCUGCCUGGAGUUUCCUUACAAGAUUAAGAACCUUGAUUAUAUUAAAUUUCGAGAUCCUGGAGAUCCAAGAGGCUGAUCAGUUAAGAAAUUUGCCUUCCAACUCAUGGAAGGCUGGUUGGGGGUGUGUGUCAAAGAAGAUGAUGGGCUGGAGUGAGAAUCCUCCUUCACAGGAUUUUCACUGCACUUAAAAACAGGGUGCCUAAAUAGGGCUUGUAUCUCUAUAUGCUCCUAUUUCUGGCUUUUAUUUGAUUUAGAAUGCUUUUAGUGUUGCUUUUUAAAAACAGUAGGCCUCUGCUCCCAACCCCACCCCUUGGAACAGCUUCAUUUUUAUAGUUUCCACAGUUUCUGGAUUUCCUCCUUGUCCUGCAAGGCUACCCAUACUUACCAGGAAAUGAUUCCCACUAAAUUCAGCAGGGCUUGUUUCUGAUUAUAUGUUAAAAGAAUGUGAAGUGGGGGUGCCUAGCAUGAUGUGUUAUUAUCAAGCCACAUGAGACUCUUAAUCUCACGGGUUCAAGUCCCAUGUUGGGCAAAAGAUUCCUGCAUUGCGGGGGUUGGACUAGAUGACCCUUGUGCUCCCUUCCAACUCUACAUUUCUAUGACUGGUACUUCCCAGAGAAAAUAACAGAAGCUGAAGGUCAAGUGUUGAACAGAUAUUUAAGGAGUUUGAUUUGGCAUAAAGAAAUAAACUGGGAAGACAUAAUGGACCAUAGAAGUCUGAUAUAAAUUAAAAAAACAAGUUAAGCCCAGGAUUGACCUCGACUUGCUAUAUCCAUCCCAUGCUUUCAGCCUCUGUAAUUUCCACUAGGAUUUUACAUACACAGUCUCAAAAAAAACCAACCGGCGCUGUUUUAAUAUCUUUGGAUGUUCUGGAUUUAGUGGAAUAAAUCCUAUUUCCACUGGUAUCAGCCCAGAAGUCCUUAAUUACAAUGGUCAGGUAGCAGCCCAGCAGCUUCCCCUCACAGCUUUGCUGUUGCCGAACCCCCGGGCGGAGGAAGGGGGGUGCGGUGGGGACGGAUUUCCCUGGGUGUCUUCGCUGAAGGGGGUGACUCCCAAGCCUACCCCUUCGUUAUGACAGAGUGUGUUCUCCUUCAUGGGGAGCACAUGUUGCAGUGGGGUCUAACAGGACACCCCCUCAUGGUUACUGGGCAGUUCCAUUUGGACGGCCAUGACUAUGAUUGGGCCAAUUUGGGUUGUUGGGGAGAUUUUGAUGUUACCAUUUAGAGGGUUGGCCCAAAGGUUAUAUAUUCUUGGCACGCAGCUUUUUUCAGUCUCUUUUGCUGCGUGCAUCGGAUCGCCCACCCACCCUCCCUAAUUUAGGGCUGUUGCGUUUGACCUUGCUAUGCCUGUCAUGGGGUCGUCUGCUUUUGUGGCAGGGGCCUGGCAGGAAUUUUGUCCAUUUGGCAGAUUGGCUGGUGCCAUUUGCUUUUUGCCUACUGCGUAGCAAAUCGUCACAACUUGUAAGGUUACGGUUAGGUAUUGGUUAAAAUUUGGUUGGUGGAGGGGAUGUGGUUGGCUGUGCCUGCCCCUCCAAUGCUGCUGCUGCAAGGGAAUUCCAGUAAAGGAAUCCAGGGGUUUGCAGUACAUUUGUCCGUAUCCCUGGCGUGGGGCUAGGGCCGCGCAAGCCCCUGGGAGCAUGUGGGGAGGGGUGAUGGUAUGGUGCCCAGCCCCAUUCUCUCCCCAAUAUUGUUUUCCCUUACUGGCUUUCGCUGGAAUCUGGAAAUCAGUUCUGUCCCCGUGCAGGGUCAGAUAGUCGCAACCAAUGCCUAAGCAACCACUCACAUUAUGUAUUUUAAUAAAGUUGUGGCCAAAAUUAUGCCAAAAACCUUAAACAAAAAUUCUGUGUGAAUUGUGAUUUAUUUAGGGGGUGGCUUGGGGAUCUCGACACGCAACUGGGGGAGGCUUGGGAGCUUGUGCACCCGAGCGGCUAUCCCGCACCUGGGAGGGCACCCUCCGUGUCCUGCCCCCCCCCCCCGGAUCGCACCUGCCCUGGGCAGUGCAGGCAUAUGUUCCGCCACUGGCCAAACCAGGAAGCCCCUGCAGCAGCAUCUGUCCAGUGGUGCUGUACCUCAGUGACUCUGAAGUCCCAGUCUCAGAACAAAGAGAGCUUCUUCCACAUUCUGGGGAGGGAUGCAGCUUACCUGGGAGGCAGUGGAGGAUGGUUGUACAUCCAUAGGAGGAGGAGGUGCUGCAGUUGUUGUUAUUGUUGUUGUUUAUUGGAUUUAUAUACUGCCCUAUACCCCGGGGUCUCAGGGCAGUUCACAGAAUAAAAUCAAGAUAUAAAACCACAAUACAGUGGACACUCGGGUUGCGAAUGUGAUCUGUGCAGGAAGCACGUUCGCAACCCACAGCGCAGCGUGUGCCCACGAGCGGGUUGCGAUUCGGCACUUCUGCACAUGCGCAAAGCGCAAUUUAGCACUUCUGCGCAUGCGCGACUGCCGAAACCGAGAAGUAACCCGUUCCGGUACUUUUGGGUUUCAGCGCGUCCGUAACCCGGAAAAACGCAACCUGAAGCUUCUGUAACCCGAGAUAUGACUGUAUAGUCAUACCUCUGGAUAAAUAUGCUUCAGGAUAAGUAUUUUCGGGUUGCGCUCUGUGGCUACCCGGAAGUAACGGAGCGUGUUACUUCCGGGUUUUGCCGUUUGUGAAUGACAUCACGUGCAUGCGUGGUAGUGGUGAAACAUGACCCGUGCAGACGCGCAGACGCGUCUUAUGUUCUAUUCAGGAUGCAAACAGGGCUCCGGAAUGGAUCCUGUUUGCAUCCCAAGGUACCACUGUACACCUAAUAAAAAUGAAAACAACAACCCAAUAGCACCCCAAGAAACAAAAACACGUUUUAAAAUGUGAUUAACCCAAUCUGACCCAAUUUUUCUCCCAACAGCUUCCUGCUCUCUGGGUGUCUCCUUUUUUAAACCACUUUUAACAUACCAAACGUGUGGUCUCUUUCUGUGCUAGGAGAAGAGAGGAACUUUGGAAAUAACACACAGAAAUAUGGGCUGUUAGACCUUUAAUAGAAUUUUCUCAGAUUUUGAAUGAUACUGAGCGCAAAACCUUAUGCUUUUUAAAAAAUCUAUUCUAUACAGGAUCAAUUAUUUUUUAUAUAUAUAUGAAUGUUAUGUGCAGUAUUAAUUAGGAAAUCAGCUAACACCAGUUAGCAACUUAAUUAGCAAUUUUCUUCUUUAUAAUUGCAUAUCUUAGGAAGAGCAUUGCUUUAACUGAAUGUAAAAGGAUAUGUUUUCAUCUUCCAUCCUAGGACAAUGAUUCCUCCAGGAGAAUGUCUGUAUGCUGGGAGGAAAAGACGGAAACCCAUCCAGAAACAGUUAAGUAUUUAUCCCAUCCAGUCUGUUUAUUCUAUUUUAUUCUUCUCACAAUAAGCCUUUGACAUAAGACUUACCUUUAUUGUUUUUGGGGGACAGGAGGCGGGCAUGUGUGUGGAGGACUCCCUGGUCCUGAAUGGGGUAACUGUGCCCCUGAAGGACCAGGUGCGCAGCCUGGGAGUCAUUCUGGACUCGCAGCUGUCCAUGGAGGCGCAGGUCAAUUCUGUGUCCAGGACAGCUGUUUACCAGCUCCAUCUGGUACGCAGGCUGAGACCCUAUCUGACCGCAGACUGUCUCUCCAGAGUGGUGCAUGCUCUAGUUAUCUCUCACUUGGACUAUUGCAAUCACUCUACGUGGGGCUACCUUUGAAGGUGACCCGGAAACUACAACUAAUCCAGAAUGUGGCAGCUAGACUGGUGACUGGGAGUGGCUGCCGAGACCACAUAAGACUUAACACCGGACUUGAAAGACAUUGGCUCCCAGUACUUUUCCAAGCACAAUUAAAAAUGUUGGUGCUGACCUUUAAAGCCCUAAACGGCCUCAGUCCAGUAUACCUGAAGGAGCAUCUCCACCCCCAUCGUUUUGCCCGGACACUGAGGUCCAGCACUGAGGGCAGAGGGCCUUCUCGGUAGUGACACCUGCCCUGUGGAAUACCCUCCCACCAGAUGCCAAAGAGAAAAAAAACUACCAGACUUUUAAAAGACAUCUGAAGCCAGCCCUGUUUAGGGAAGCUUUUAAUGUUUGACGGACUAUUGUAUUUUAAUAUUUUGUUGGAAGCCACCCAGAGUGGCUGGGGAAACCCAGCCAGAUGGGCGGUGUAUAAAUAAAUUAUUAUUAUUAUUAUUAUUAUUAUUAUUAUUAUUAUUUUAUUUAACCCAUUUAUCUUGCUACCUGUCUCCAACAAGCUGAUGGUGCCAGCCAGCUCUCUUUCUUCUCUGUUGUCUCUCAUAAGAACCCAGCGAGUUCUGUCAAGAAACAACAAAGGGCCCAAAUAUUUAGACAUAUUUGUGGCCUAAAUAUGUCCCUCUUCCAUAGAAUCAAAGAAUUGUAGAGAGUUGGAAGGGUUCACAAGGAUUCUAGUCCAAGCCCCUGCAAUGCAAGAAUCUUUUGCCCAACGUUGGGCUCGAACCCACGACUCUGAGAUUAAGAGUCUCAUACUCUCCUGACUGAGCUACCCUGAUCUGAACUGGGACAGUGUUGUCCCAGCCUGAUGGAGGAUGUAUAUUUUCAAAGUGGCAGUGCAGCAGAAACCCAAGCCACGCUCUGUGCUCUCCCUGUGUAUGUUAUCAUUACACUUAAGCAGAUUUAACUGCAAUUCCUUCAACUCUAUGAAUGGAAGUUCUCUGAGGGGUAGACAAAAUUAUGUGCGCCUCACCAAGAUCCUUUGGGCAGUGCCCGACAGAGCCAAACUACACAGGAUGUCACCAGUUGAGUUCCUUUUAAUCUCUUUGUUGUGGUUUUUCUUUAUUUGUAGGCGUGGGGGAGCAAUAUUCAUUGGGAAUGUAGAGUGUGGGGAAGGGAGUUUAACCCAGUUUAACCUUUUUCAGCCGUGAGCCGGUCCACUGUCCCUCAGACCAUGUGGUGGACCAGACUAUAUUUUGAAAAAAAAAUGAACGAAUUCCUGUGCCCCACAAAUAACCCAAAUAUGCAUUUUAAAUAAAAGCACACAUUCUGCUCAUGUAAAAACACCAGGCAGGCCCCACAAAUAACCCAGAGAUGCAUUUAAAAUAAAAGGACUCAUUCUACCCAUGUAAAAACACGCUGAUUCCCGGACCGGCUGCGGGCCGGAUUGAGAAGGCGAUUGGGCCGCAUCCAGCCCUGGGCCUUAGGUUGCCUACCCCUGGUUUAACCCAUCCCCACCCUGCAGCUGCAAGGAGCAAACACACCCUGCAUGUGCUGCAGUGAGGCUUAGAAGAAAGAUCCCGUUGGCAUCAGUAUUGCUGCAGUGCAGGGAAGUGGCAUCCAUUUUCAUUUUCAUUUUUACCAGUCAUGGUGGGAAGAAGGUCUAAGCCUCUGCUCAUGGCCUGUAUUUCCAGUGAACAUUGUUUUGUCCAUGCACCUGUAAUUAAAUAAGUAAGCACCCAUGUGGUGCAGUGGUUACAGCUUGGGAGACCAGGGUUCAAAUCCCCACUGGACCACGAAGCUCACUGGGUGACCUUGAGUCUAUGAUUGCCUCUUAGCCUAGCCUACCUCACAGGGCUGUUGUGGAAAUAAAAUGAGCAGCGGGAGAACCAUCUAAGCCAGGGGUCGGCAACCUGCGGCCCACGAGCCACCCCGAACCAAGCCACCAGCUCGCUGUGCUGAACCAGCACAGCACGGAGCGGGGCCUCGCUUCCGCGGAGCCGAAAAUCCAGCCCAUAGAGCGAUCUCCGCGGGAGUGAACCGGCCCAGGCGAGGUAAACCUUUCAAACCCCUGAUCUAAGCCACCUUGAGCUCCAUGGAGAAGAGUGUGGGAUAUAAAUGCAAUAAAUAAAAUAGUAAAAUAAAAUAAAAACCAUGACUUGACUGCAGACAACACAGGCUGUGUCCACACUCCCAUUUGCAUUGGAAACACUGUGUUUCCAAUGCUGAGUUUUCCAUUUGUGUUCAUAUGGCUUACUCAAAAUGCAUAGGUAUUCUGUACUUUGUUACAAAAUACUACCAUAUGAUGUGUUGUUUCCCCAACCAACUUCACACCAGUUGGAGUCCUUAAGCAGUUCCUGAUUUGAUUCUAGCUACAGUGUGAAAACCAUUUCUUAGGCCUGGGGAAGACAUUCCCUGCUCCAUCAAACAGUAAUUAAUUGAAGUUGUGCUGAUGUGAAGAACAAGCAGAGGAAAUGCCCCACGAAGAGAACAGCUUCAGUCUGCUUUAAGGCAAUAGAGUGAACAAUUUCUCUUGUUGUUGUUGUUGUUUAGUCGUUUAGUCGUGUCCGACUCUUCGUGACCCCCUGGACCAGAGCACGCCAGGCACUCCUGUCUUCCACUGCCUUCUGCAGUUUGGUCAAACUCAUGCUGGUACCUUCGCGAACACUGUCCAACCAUCUCGUCCUCUGUCAUCCCCUUCUCCUUGCGCCCUCCAUCUUUCCCAGCAUCAGGGUCUUUUCCAGCGAGUCUUCUCUUCUGAUGAGGUGGCCAAAGUAUUGGAGCCUCAGCUUCAGGAUCUGUCCUUCCAGUGAGCACUCAAGGCUGAUUUCCUUCAGAAUGGAUACGUUUGAUCUUCUUGCAAUCCAUGGGACUCUCAAGAGUCUCCUCCGGCACCAUAAUUCAAAAGCAUCAAUUCUUCGGCGAUCAGCCUUCUUGAUGGUCCAGCUCUCACUUCCAUACAUCACUACUGGGAAAACCAUAGCUUUAACUAUACGGACCUUUGUUGGCAAGGUGACGUCUCUGCUUUUUAAGAUGCUGUCUAGGUUUGCCAUCGCCUUUCUCCCAAGGAGCAGGCGUCUUUUAAUUUCUCUUAGUGUCCUGUAUAUUAAAGGUACACGCCAGACUUUAAAUUGGUGUAAGAGCGUAGUCUAGAUUUUCUCCAUACUUUUCUUCUUGUUCCUUUAACACAAGUAUUUCUCUAUCAUUAUCUUUAAAAUGUAUAAGGAUUUUGAGGCUAACUCAAUUUUUAAAGAAUUCAGUCUAUGCUUCAGCCACUAACAAAGCUUUUGCAGCUCGGGUCUGAAUUUUGCAAAUACAUAUCUUUUAUUAACCCAAGGCGUACUUUACUGUAAGAUUCUUUUAUGUGUCAGAGUGUAGGUAAGAAUAGAAUAGUGGUUGUCUAAACUCAUAAAGUUAUUAUGUUCUACAUCAUUUACCUCAGCGCUGUUGAGAAGAUCCAGUUCCCUCAUACUGUACAGCAACACUCAAUACAAGUUACUGGACUAUCUUCAGACUUCAUGAAAUGAAGUACUAACCAAGAAUUAUUUCAGAGUGUUAAUUCUAUCAUGCAACAGCAAGCUAUCACUCUACUUUGGGAUACAUUUUAAAAAGAAAAGCCUGACUAGCUUUUCAGAUAGGGAUGUUUUUAAUGUUGGAUGUUUUAUUCUGUUUUAAUGUUUUGUUGGGAGAGAGUGGCUCAGGAAACCCAGCCAGAUGGGUGGGGCAUAAAUAAUAAACUAUUAUUAUUAUUAUUAAAUAACUUUCUAAAGAAAUGCCUGAAGUAACUGAUACUGUAGUUUGAUGUCUUGUUUAUUCUGUUAUAUUUUACUCCAAGAAGACCCAUUUAUCCUAAACAGAACCCAAUAAAGCAGACAUGUAUAUUCAAAAUAUUUUUUUGAAUGUGAUCCCAUUGAGAUCCCAAGAUGAAAUUUUGAGGAUAGUUCUUAGAAAUAUUAAAUAAUCAAUACAAAUUUUGGAAAUUUUUAAUCAUUUUUUAAAAUCGCUUUUUAAAAUUCUAAAUUUUGUAACUUUAAAAUUUAAGGUAAGCACAUCAUGUGACCUAUCAUAUUAAAGCCCAUGAAGUUCUGAAGAGAUCAGUAUAUUUAGUUUUGAAAUUCUGGACUUAGUUUUUAAGGCUGUUGUGUAAUCUGGCAAGGCCAAAAUUGUCUCUCUCUUUUUGGAAAUUUCAAACCCUCAUAACUCAAAAACAGGAUGAGAUAAAAAAUUAAAAUUUUAGUUUAAACUUACUUUUGAUCAUUCAACAAGUGUACAAAAUAUUAAGAAAAUUCAAAUACACAAGGUAAAAAAAUGGAUCACUUUAUAUGGAAUAUCUCUGUUGGAAGCUACAGAAACUGGGGCCUGGGAGCAGUGAAGGGGUUUGUGAAAGGAUUUGGUGACACAAGAAGUGGGAGAUGAUGGUACACAUAAAGGUAGCGGGGAGAAUUUUUGCCAGUUAAGCAUCAGUUUAACACCUCUUUCAAAACUGGUGAUUUUUCUGUGGAAAUGUUUGGGUCGAGAGAACUGGCACUCCAAGCCGUUUGUGUAUGACCCCCUAAUUUACACAUUCUAUAAGAAUCAUUUUUCAAGGAUGCCAUCAUUUUCUUCUGUUUUGGUAUUAGAGAGCGGAUACUGGCAACUCAGUGAGCUUAAGACAGCGGAUUUUUCAUAUCACAUUUUCUCCCCGAACAGGAGGCCCGUGCAUGGGAAUGGGAAGUCUAAUCCUUCAAAGAGACACAGAGAUCGCUUGAAUGCUGAGUUAGAUCACCUGGCCAGUCUCCUGCCUUUCCCACCAGACAUAAUAGCUAAACUGGACAAACUCUCUGUCUUGCGUCUCAGCGUCAGUUACCUUAGAGUCAAAAGCUUCUUUCAAGGUAAGGCUUCAAGUCGUAAUAAUCUUUUAUUGGUGUCUGAGGGAACAUUGCACAAGUUCUCAGAGACCAUGUCUACCCAGACCUCUACCAGGAAGAGUGGACCUGCUCCAUGAUGCUAGUGGCUUAGGGCCCUUGUAUCUACAGAAUCGCCUCUCCUGGUCUGCCCCGCAGAGGACCUUAAGGUCCAUGAAUAACCAUAGUUUAGAAGUCCUGGGCCCUAAGGAAGUCAGACUCUCCUCCACCAGGGUCAGGGCCUUCUCAGUGAUGGCGCCGACCUGGUGGAAUGCUCUGUCCCAGGAGACCAGGGCCCUUCAGUAUUUAACCUCUUUCCGCAGGGCCUGUAAGACAGAGCUAUUCCGCCUAGCCUUUAAUUUGAAUUCAGCCUGAUCUUUUAUUUCCCUUCUCUUCCUUCCCUCUCCCCUUUUAUGAAGAUCACCUGCUCUGAGACCCCACAGCUAAUUCUCCCCUGGCCUCCUCGCUGGCCCAAGUAGGACCAAUUCAGCCAGCUAGCCCUGGGGAUUUUCUAAUUGAUUUUUGAUUUUUAUUGUUAUUCAUGUUUUUAUACCUUAUUUUAUGCUGCUUUUAUAAUUAAGUGUUUUAAAGUGUUUUAAAUUUGUUGUUAGCCACCCUGAGCCCGGUUUCUGAACCAGGAAGGGCAGGGUAUAAAUAAAAAUGUAAUGCCACUGAAUUCAUACUUCUGAUUAGAUGUGCGUAGCAUUGCAUUGUGCAAGGCUAGCUGCAUCUGAACAAUUAAAUCUUGGUUAAAUAAGUAGGUAAUAAGCCACGAUAUGCGUGCCUACAGGCUCUCACAUGCUGCAAACAAGGCUGGGAGCUGCAGUUAACUUCCUGCCGCAUCGGAAUUGGGGAACAACGAUGAAUAGCUUUCAAACAAGCCCUAAGUAUGAAACCAUGGUUUAAAGUUUGCCUCUCAGUCUUAGCUUGUUUAGAAGACAUUAACCACAGUUUCUGGUUCAGACAUAACAGGAAGUUAUGGUUACUGCGGUUUCCUGGCUUGCUUUGCCACUUGCACGAAAGGAAGAGCAAAGGGACUGCUUGCUGCAGGUCAUGCAUAUUUCAUAUUAUUAUGCUGAGAUUUUAUAAUCUGUGGCUGCUGAAUAACAACGUGCACAACUGAAACUGGGCAGAUUUUUUAUAAAAGCCGUGCAGUGUGGACAGAGGGAUCAUCAUGCCCUGUACUAAAAGGUUCCUAUAAAGAUCACACUGCUGAUCUGUGAAGUGCUUUGAAUACUUGGAAGUGCUAUAUAUGUUUGUGUCCUCUUAUUAAAGUUUGUAAGUGAGAGCACUUGAUAAUGUGAGCCACAACCUGCGGUAUGGAGUGAGAGUGUGUGUGUGUGUGUGUGUGUGUGUGUGUGUGUGUCUGUUUGAAGAAGCACAGUACACACACAGGUUUGCUUGGUUUUUAUAUUAAUAUUCACAUUUCUAAGUUGCUCUUUGAGAACUUUUAGACAAAAGUGCCUUACAACCUGUUACAAAAUUAUACCGGAAAAUAAGAUAACCAUAAUUAAAAUUUUAAAAACCUCACAGUUAACUAAUACAGUUGCUUAAAAAUCAAAUUUAAAAACCGCAUUGCAAACAAAACAAGCAGCAGCAUGUACACAUGUAUACAUCCUAGCAGCUGUCCUCAGGGCCGGCCCACCCAUGAGGAAAGGGGAGGCAACCUCCUCAGGCAGCAGAAGCCACAAUGGCUGCAGCGUGCUCCUUGGAGGUUGGAUCUGCCACCUCCUCGGUUGCUCCCACCCAGUGCCACCGCUUGGCAAAUAGGAGCCACUACUGGUCUCCUCCCACCCUUGUUCCCAAUGUAGAGCUUUAUUCCUCCUUCGUUUCCGAUGCAGAUAUGAACUCACACCUCCCUGGCAGGAGGGCACCAUUUUGAGGUUUGCCUCAGGUAACAAAUUGUCUUGGUCUGGCCCUGGGUACCCUAGACCAAAGGCUUUGACAGUUCUUGUCAGAUAGUGAUGAAUCAACAGCCAUGGAGCUAGUUCAGCCUUUCUUAAACCUGGGUCCCCAGAUGUUGUUAGACUACAACCCCUAUAAUCUCUGACCACUGGUCCUGGUAGCUACGGAUGAUGGGAGUUGUAGUCCAACAUAGUUAACAUGUCCAGAGUAAGGAGAAAUGGCAGGGGAUGGGAUAGUUGGGGGAGAAGCAUAAGGUGAAAUUUAUUGGGAAGGUCCUGGACAAUUAUGUGAUUUAUGGUAAUCAGACUGAAUGUCUGAUUAUCAAAGCACUCUGAAAUAAAGACCUCAAAUGCUCUGAUCAAAGCCAUUUUCUGCUGUCUGCGCCUGGGGGCUUAGUCAGGGGCUAAAACAAGGUGGUGAGCUGAGGAACCAACAUCUCACCCAAACACUACGUAAGAACCCAUUGUGAGUAUAAGGUCUGCACCCUCUCUUUCUUACACAUUUUUGGGGAAGGAAAAAUAUAGCUUAGAGAUAUUUCUUUGUCUGCAUCGAAUGUGGCAAAUGUACCUUUGGAUCUUCCAGUGAUUGUUGGUAUUGUUCAAUAGUUGAUGGCUGAACAACUAAAAAUGAUUGGAUUAAUGUUUGAUGAAAGGGGGAAAGAAAAUUAACCAGAGAGAGAUGAAAUAGAAAAUGGAACUGGAGAUUACUUAGAGGCUUCAAACAAAAUUGAUGAAAACGUGGCAGGACUGGAUGAUGAAACAGCAAAAUUGGAGAAAGCAGAUGGUGAAAUGGAAAUGCCUUUCAUACAGAGGCGUGGAGGAGAAGGGGAAGAUAAAACCAUGAAUGGUCAUCUGGAUCUGGCAUUAAUCGUAUCGAUGAUGUUGAGAGAGAAGAAAAUCUUUAGAAAAACCUCCGUCCUGGCCUUUCUUCAGUUCUAGCAGAGAGAAAGUAUUCUGCAUACGAUUUGGAGCAAAUUCAUAGAAUGAUGCUACUAAUAUGUAUGGAAAAAGAAUGGAAGAAACGCAAGUGGAUAGUCCUAGAGGAGGAGAUCGGAAUACUAUGCUAAACAGUACAGGGAAUGGAAGCACAAAAGGAAAUGGAAUUUGAAUUAUGGAACUGGGCAUAAACUAAGGGAUAUAUAACAAGAAAAGAAUUGUGGAAUAUUAUUCCAAUAUGUGAUCACAGUAGAGAGAUUUUAACAUGGAAAUGGACAAAAGAAUUUACUAGUACUCAGUAUGGAGGAAUAGCGGUGGGAAUUAAUGGAGUUAAAGUUGAUAUUAAACAAAAAGCACAGUUGACAGUUCAAGAAGGACACUGACAAACUGGAACGUGUCCAGAGGAGGGCAACCAAAAUGGUCAAAGGCCUGGAAACGUUGCCUUAUGAGAAACGGCUAAGGGAGCUGGGCAUGUUUAGCCUGGAGAAGAGGAGGUUAAGGGUGAUAUGAUAGCCAUGUUCAAAUAUAUAAAAAGGAUGUCACAUGUUGCCCUAUGAGAAACGGCUAAGGGAGCUGGGCAUGUUUAGCCUGGAGAAGAGGAGGUUAAGGGGUGAUAUGAUAGCCAUGUUCAAAUAUAUAAAAGGAUGUCACAUAGAGGAGGGAGAAAGGUUGUUUUCUGCUGCUCCAGAGAAGCGGACACGGAGCAAUGGAUCCAAACUACAAGAAAGAAGAUUCCACCUAAACAUUAGGAAGAACUUCCUGACAGUAAGAGCUGUUCGACAGUGGAAUUUGCUGCCAAGGAGUGUGGUGGAGUCUCCUUCUUUGGAGGUCUUUAAGCAGAGGCUUGACAACCAUAUGUCAGGAGUGCUCUGAUGGUGUUUCCUGCUUGGCAGGGGGUUGGACUCAAUGGCCCUUGUGGUCUCUUUCAACUCUAUGAUUCUAUGAUUCUAUGACAUUUACCAAUAACAACAACAUCAACAAUUUGGGAAUCCCUCUUGGACUUGAGUGGGAAUGAAUUCGAGACACAUUUACGUAAAAGAAAUAUUGUUUAACAGAAAGUGGAGAAGAUGGAUAUUACCAUGGACUGAAUGUUAGAAAUAUCCCCCCCCCUUUUUUAUGUAACUUGCAGAUGGAAAAUCAGAGGUCCUUUUAUAUUUCUUUAUUGUUUCUUUUUCUUCUUUACUCUCUCUCUUCGUAUUCCUGCUUCUCUUUCUCCUUUUCUCUUUUUCUUUCUUUUUUGUUGUCAUCUCUCUUCUUUGUUUUCUUCUUUUUUCUUUGGUGUCUUCUGCUUGGGCCUUUAUUAAGGUCCAGAGAUUGUAUACUCAUGGAGGUGGUAGGUGGUUGAUGUCCUCAACAUUUGACAAGCAUAGGCAAGGGUGCCAACAGGAUUUUCUAAAUCCAAUAAACUGUACAACUCCCCAUUCCACCUGCAAUCUGUUAGCAAGAGCUGGUGAUAGCACAUACAGAGGCAGACUAUAGUUCUCCAUAAACAACGAUCUUGCAAUUAAAAAAUAAGCCAACGAUUUUGUUUCAGAACAAACAGAACUUUACUGUCUUGAAUGUUGGAAUGAGCUACAUUUUGGCGCACUGUAUAAUUUAAAUCAAAUGUUCAUUGAUGUGCAUGAUGUGCAUCUUGCAGAUUUAGAAACAAUUUAGAAUAUUUUGUUAAUAAAGUGUCUGGUGUUUCACCAUCUGAAAAUAUUUUCAAUAGAAGUUGAAGUAUGCCAGUGUUGACUUACACGUCAGGCUUACGUAAUUACAACAAUAUGUGCAAUGUUGCCAUGCACAAAAUUAUCUCCUGCUGCCUACAAAAUAGUAUCAGUUAUGUACAAUUGGAGUAAACAAUUAGAGGAUGCGCCAUUGAAUCAUUACAAACUGCAUCCAAGAUCAUUAUUCCUUAACCAUCCAAGAUCAUUCACCUUUCCAACCAAUAGUACUGGCUGUCUCAUCCUCAAUCCUUAAUCCUUUGCCAAUGCAAUUUAAUUUUUAAAGGUUUGUGCCCUGGCAGGUGUAUUUCCAGAAUUCUUGUUAAGGUGCACGUAUAUAUCUAAUAAUUAUAAUCAGGACUGAUCUGAGACAGCAACUGUUUCAGGAUAAACAGAUAAUAAUGCACAGAAGUGGGGAUGAACAGCAGUGCCUCCCUGUUACCUUCUUCUCUACCUAGCGGCCAAUUCAUCUCUUUAUGUUUAUAUGGUUAUAUGGCGUUUUCACCAAAAGUCUUCAAAAUUAACAUGCAUAUAAAAUGAUAAAUCAAAACUUGGCAGGAAAAACCAUAAAACUGGAAAAGCAAAGCAGCAAUUUUUUUUUUAAAAAAACCUACUCCAAACAAAACCAUUUUUGCUGAACUUCAGAAUGUCUGUAAAAUGAGGUCCUGAUGGGUGUCCUGGGGGAGAGGAUUGCAAUUCCUAGGUGUCACCAUCGAGGAAACCCUGUUUCACUUCAGCACUAGCUGAACCUCUUGGCAGCGUCUGAACGUUGCACAGAACUUCCAUUGCUGAUCUCAACAAGUGAGCAGAUUCAUGUGGAAGAGGUGUUUCUCAAAUACCCUGGUCCCAAACUGUGCCCUUGGCCAAUGGCAGACUCCUCUCACUGCUGCUUGGGAGGAAGUCUUAGCUAGCCCUAGACUUUUCCUCUGAGGUAUCCUCAUGAAGAGAAAAGAUUGGUUGCAGAAUGGAAGGAAGGGAGGGUUUUUGGUUAAAGUUUUCUCUUUUCAUGGGGACGCGGGUGACGCUGUGGUCUAAACCACUGAGCUUCUUGGCUCAGUGGUUCGAAUCCCCACGAUGGGGUGAGCUCCUGUUGCUCAGUCCCAGCUCCUGCCAACCUAGCAGUUCAAAAGCACGCCAGAAAGUGCAAGUAGAUAAAUAGAUACCGCUCUGGUGGGAAGGUAAACGGCGUUUUCGUGCGCUGCUCUGGUUUCGGUGUUCCGCUGUGCUAGAAGCAGCUUAGUUAUGCUGGCCACAUGACCUGGGAAAACUGUCUGCGGAGUGGACAAUAUGCAAGUGGACUUAACUGUCAGGGGUCCCUUUACCUUUACCUUCUCUUUACUAGAUACUAGGGCUUAAAACAUUAGAUUGUUGAUUAAUCACCUGAUUAAAUUUGUGGGACGAGCUAAAGGUUUGUGAUAAUUUUUUAAUCGUUUUUUGCUUUUUGUGUGUUUGGUAAAUUCCAUGAAAAUGUCAUGUUACAGACACAAUUUUCAUUUUCAUAUACAGUAAGCCUGCAACUCAUGCACAUUUAACUUGUGCGCAUUUAGCUUUACACAUGGGGCAAAAAAUUAAAAUAAUUAAAAGGGGGUGGAGAUGGAGGGGGGUUCCAGGAAAGAUAAUGUUGGCUUUUAAGCGUGAUCCCUGGAAUGUAACCCCAUGUGUGUUGCAGGCUACUAUAUACUUAAGGUGUUCUAUAUCAUUUUAAAGAUAAUUUUCCAGAGUUUCAUGAUCUGGCAACAGGUUUUCAGAAUGGCAAUUUACACAUGAGCAGUACAUGAAGCAUGUCCUGCACGUUGCCUCAGAAUUUCUUUAAUUUUUUUGGUAAAGUUCAGUUGAAGACCUCUUCAAGAAAAUGAGAGAAUAGAUUAAUGAGCCCUUAUUGUAUUGAUACGUUUUGCUUCCUUGUUUGGUGUACAGAGAAGAAAUGUUAUGUUAGGGACAAAAUCAAGACAAUGAAACUUAAGCUGGUUGAAUGUGAUAUAUUAGUUGCAAAAACAUAACUUCCCCCCCUCAACAAAUGAAAAGAAAAACCAAUAUGCUUUAACUUUAUUCUCUUCUUUGAGGUUAUUGGCAUUAAGUAUACAUGUUGAGAUAUUAAGUGUAUUUUACAUGCCACAUUUGAUGGGGGGCACGUUACACAGCAUAAAUGUGUUGUCAUAUUUUCAUCCUUGAGAAUUUAAUAAUUAUUAGGGAAGCAAUCUGAUGCACAAGAAAUGAAUGCAAAACAAGCCAGUAUAAGUUAAGCUGGAGUAAAGUUACAUUAGAUCCAAACUCCAUUUGAGGUGCCAUAGAGCACUAUUUUAUCCCAGAGCUAUUUAAUAUCUAUAUGCAGUACUUUUCCUAGAAAAAUAGGUACCGGUACUCACCAUGAAGUUGUUGCAAGUAAGUGCCACACUUUUUAACAGCAACAAAACGAGUUGCUGCUACUGCGUAUCCUUGAGUACCUUGAGAAUAAUCACUUGCACUUGAUCUGGAAACUGCAAUUAGUGCAGAAUAUUAGUCCAGAAUGUUGCAGCAUAGUUGCUGCCUAAAGUAAGGCACGUUUGCUCAGAGAUCAGCACGAGGUUGAUUUGUUACCAGGCCAAGUUCAAGGCAUUACUAUUAGUAUGCAAAGCCCUUAACAGGUCAGUUUAUGUGCCCACUUGACAGUUUCAGUCUAUGGAACUGAUUUGUUAAUCUGCAGUUGUUAGUUAUUGCGGUGGUACCUACACACUGGGACUCCCUGCCUGUUUACAUUUUUAGAUGGGCCACUCCAGACAUGUUGACAUCAGUGUAUAUUAGUCUCUUUUUACUUUUAAUUAUUUUUAAACAUUUAAAUAAUUUUAAGUUCUUAUUGAUAAUUUUCCUAUUUCUUGCAGUCCACUUAGAAGUUUUACUACAGUCAAGCAGUGUAAAAACCAUGCCUCCUUUAGUCUUAAAAUUCCCACAAUUGUGGAUGUGUGUUUGAGGGAAAGAAAUUGUAAUUCCACUGAGGAUAGGUCCACGUCCUCCAUCAUCUAGGAGGGCAGCUGGAUAGCUUAGGUGGCCUGCGGGGACAACAAGGGCUGCUCUCCCCGUACAGCUGUCCCACUUUGCCUAACGAGUAUUAGCAAUAUUUUGGGGUUCAUUGUGCGGGAAGAGUGGUUGGGGGGACACCAAGAGUGUCAGAGAGCAGCCCCCUUCAUCCACCCAUCAUAUUUUCAUUUUCUUUCUCUCUCUCCCCAUACCCCAUCUCUCUCCUUGUUAAUCUAUCAUCCAUUCAUUCUCUUCUGUUUAUUUAUUUUUGGCUUGGGGGGCCACAUAUAGCCCCCAGGACACAGAUUGCCUCCCAGUGACGUAAGGCAGUAGUUUUCAACCUUUUUGUGUCCACGGCUCCCUUGACCAACUACAUUCUUCAUGUGGCUCCCCUGCGGGGCUCAGGAGCCCAGUUAUGUCACCCCUUGCUUGUAGAGCAGGCAGCCCCUCACCCUUUUUCGAAUACCCCCCCUUGUGGAAUGUUUCCUCAGCCUCCUCUCCUUGAGAGUACUCUGGGCAGCCACUGCUGCCUCCCCUGGUCUCUGAGCUGCCCUCCAGCCUGCCCCACAGGGGCCUGGGACUUGUCUGUCCAUUCCCAACAGCAAAGGCUGGCUAGGCUUUCUCACCCGCUUGCUUGCUUUGUCGAGGUCACCUCAACUCCUGAUAACCAGCACCCCCUGACCAACCCCCAGAGGCACCCUUCACCUGGGGGACUUGUAGCCAGGGCUGCUGCAACAAACAGUUGUGCAAGCCUUUGGGAGGCAGAGACACAAGAGGGCAACAGAGGAGGGAGGGAAGGAAGGAGAAACGGAGACCAGUGUUGCCUGCAUCACCUCUGACCACCAUUCAAGGCAUGCCAGGGUGCCACGGCACCCCGGUUGAAAACCACUGACCUAAGGAAUAUUUGCUCUGUGUGAAUAGUAAGAAAGUUACUACUUCUUUGAAGAAUCAUAGAAUCAUAGAGUUGAAAGAGACCACAAGGGCCAUCGAGUCCAACCCCCUGCCAAGCAGGAAACACCAUCAGAGCACUCCUGACAUAUGGUUGUCAAGCCUCUGCUUAAAGACCUCCAAAGAAGGAGACUCCACCACACUCCUUGGCAGCAAAUUCCACUGUCGAACAGCUCUUACUGUCAGGAAGUUCUUCCUAAUGUUUAGGUGGAAUCUUCUUUCUUGUAGUUUGGAUCCAUUGCUCCGUGUCCGCUUCUCUGGAGCAGCAGAAAACAACCUUUCUCCAUCCUCUAUGUGACAUCCUUUUAUAUAUUUGAACAUGGCUAUCAUAUCACCCCUUAACCUCCUCUUCUCCAGGCUAAACAUGCCCAGCUCCCUUUGCCGUUCCUCAUAAGGCAUCAUUUCCAGGCCUUUGACCAUUUUGGUUGCCCUCCUCUGGACACGUUCCAGUUUGUCAGUGUCCUUCUUGAACUGUGGUGCCCAGAACUGGACACAGUACUCCAGGUGAGGUCUGACCAGAGCAGAAUACAGUGGCACUAUUACUUCCCUUGAUCUAGAUGCUAUACUCCUAUUGAUGCAGCCCAGAAUUGCAUUGGCUUUUUUAGCUGCCGCGUCACACUGUUGGCUCAUGUCAAGUUUGUGGUCAACCAAGACUCCUAGAUCCUUUUCACAUGUAGUGCUCUCAAGCCAGGUGUCACCCAUCUUGUAUUUGUGCCUCUCAUUUUUUUUGCCCAAGUGCAAUACUUUUCAUUUCUCCCUGUUAAAAUUCAUCUUGUUUGUUUUGGCCCAGUUCUCUAAUCUGUCAAGGUUGUUUUGAAGUGUGAUCCUGUCCUCUGGGGUGUUAGCCACCCCUCCCAGUUGGUGUCAUCUGCAAAUUUGAUCAGGAUGCCCUUGAGUCCAUCAUCCAAGUCGUUGAUAAAGAUGUUGAAUAAGACCAGGCCCAAGACAGAACCCUGUGGCACCCCACUAGUCACUCUUCUCCAGGAUGAAGAGGAACCAUUGAUGAGCACCCUUUGGGUUCGGUCAGUCAGCCAGUUACAAAUCCACUGAGUGGUAGCAUAGUCAAGACCGCAUUUUACCAGCUUCUUUACAAGAAUAUCAUGGGGCACCUUGUCAAAUGCCUUGCUGAAAUCAAGGUAGGCUACAUCCACUGCGUUCCCUUCAUCUACCAGGCUUGUAAUUCUGUCAAAAACGAGAUCAGGUUAGUCUGACAUGACUUAUUUUUCAGAAAUCCAUGCUGACUAUUGGUGAUCACAGCAUUCCUUUCUAGGUGCUCACAGACUGUUUGCUUAAUGAUCUGCUCCAGAAUCUUCCCUGGUAUUGAUGUCAGACUGACUGGGCGGUAAUUAUUUGGGUCCUCUCUUUUCCCCUUUUUGAAAAUAGGGACAACAUUUGCCCUCCUCCAGUCUGCCGGGACUUGAAGCGCUCUAGAUGUAAAUAGUGUGGAUGAAAAGUUUCAUAAAACUAAUUUUUGAAGUAUUUGCAUUUUUAUGCUGGUGUAUUUUUGGAAAGCACUUCGUUGGGAGAGAGAUUAUAGCGUUCUGAAUACUGCCCAAUGCUGUAUGCUAAUGCUGCUAAUGAGGUUUUUAUGCAGAGCUGUAUAAUCACCACUAGGUGUCCUCCCUGCAGCUGCUGCUAAUAUCAAAACAAGGUACAGUAUCAGACAAGGUUAUUAAAUGCAAAUACUUCAGAGUAAUUUCUAAAAGGAAAAUAGUUCAGUUCAUUAGAAAUAAGAAUUCUUUAAAAGCCUCGUGUGUUUAAAAUCACCUUCCAGAAGCAAAGGAAAUCUUUCUGGCAUUUUCAUGAAAAGUGAAUGACUUCUGUCUAUCUUUUUAUUUCAAUAAUUUCUAUCCCUUUUAAGUGGUCUUCACAGUCAGCUUACAACAGCUAUAAUAAAGAUAAAAUCAGUAAAAAUGAUCAUAUAAUCAGAAAACUUACUUAGAAUGUCUGCCGAAAUAAGAAGAUCUUCACCAAGCAAGGGAGGUUCAACAGGAAAGGAGCCUGCCUGUCCUGGGCCAGGAGGGAGUCUGACAGGAUUGGGCCCACAGUACCGAACCCAUGGCUCCUGGUGGAUGCAGGCCCUGUGUCCAAGCCAUGGAAGCUGGUGAGCAGUGACUUCCCCAAAGGCCUCAGGGAUCUGGCAGGCAUAUAAGGAAGAAAGCCGCCCUUAAGGCGUGCUAGAACCCAGUUACUAAGGACCUUUAAAAGUAAUGCAAGAACCUUGAGCUUUGCACAGUAGCAUAUGGGCAGCCGUUGCAGUAAUGUUCUGGCAGGAGUCAGCCUGCCCCCACCAACAGUCUGGCUGCGGCAUUUAGCACCACCUUUCCCACUUCAGGGGCACCAAGAAAGAGCAAGGCUUUUUGUUGCUUGGCACACUCAGUAACAGAACAGUGGUGUAACUAAAAACAGUGUCAGUCUUGUAGGCGCUGUUGCUGUAGCCCCAUCCUCUUAACCAUGCCCAUUUAACAAUACCCCGCCUCCCAUGACCCUUAUUCAAAGGGGAUGAUAAUACAGCAACUCGGCUGAGUGAUUUUAUUGUACCAAACUUUUAAGAAUUUUGUUUAUAUGCCAAUAAAGGUUUUGAGAUUGAUAAUGCAGCGGUUGUUUCUUUCUUGGCAACGUUCUGAGAAUACGGCCCAAACUCCUUUUUAAUUUUUUAAGUGAUAGCUUACACUUGGUGGUUGUGUACCACCACAAAACCUGAUGCUGGUACUUUGAACCUGCCCUUAUUGCACUCAUUUUCAUUGCUGUGAUGAGAGUGGUUCCAUACUUCAUGUGGCAGGCAUGUUUGAUACACGUGCACCAUUGUUUUUGGCAGCACAUAGAGUAUAGACGAACUGCACAUCUGGAGGCCCCAGUGAGAUGCAUAUAUACCCAGAUGGUUAAUGGCAUGUGUAAAUGUAUUUAUGGGACGCGGGUGGCGCUGUGGGUAAAACCUCAGCGCCUAGGACUUGCCGAUCACAUGGUCGGCGGUUCGAAUCCCCGUGGCAGGGUGCGUUCCCGUCAUUCGGUCCCAGCACCUGCCAACCUAGCAGUUCGAAAGCACCCGGGGGUGCAAGUAGAUAAAUAGGGACCGCUUACCAGCGGGAAGGUAAACGGCGUUCCGUGUGCUGCGCUGGCUCGCCAGAUGCAGCUUGUCACGCUGGCCACGUGACCCGGAAGUGUCUGCGGACAGCGCUGGCUCCCGGCCUAUAGAGUGAGAUGAGCGCACAACCCUAGAGUCUGGCAAGACUGGCCCGUACGGGCAGGGGGGUACCCUUAAAUGUAUUUAUAUUGUCCAUAUGUUUGGGGUUUGCAAACCUGUAUAGCAGCAGCAACAGCAGCAGCAGCAAGAGAAACGUAGGCAAGCGCAGGAAAUCGCUGUUCAAUCCUUCUCACUCCUUGAAUAUUUCUCCAAUUGCUACAAAUGGUCUACCACUAAAGAAUUCUCCAUAGCAUAGGGAAAACCCCACUUUGUAACUGAAAAGCAGAAGCAAAAGAGAAGGCGUUGCGGUGAGAGACAUGAGUUCUGAUUUGAGUUUUCACUUGCCUGUUGUGUGCUUGAUGUGACUAGGCUUUAAAUAUACAGUUGUGUGGAAAUUCUUAGCCAUAUCCUUCAGGGCUCUUUCUGAGCAGACCCUGAAAACUUCUUGGGGAACUACUUUUGCUUGAAAAGUGGCACACACAUUUAUUAAAUAAUAAAGCUAAAAGUGUCAUAGGCACUUGCGACCAGAUGAUGCCCACCCAGUGCUUGAUCCAGUCAUUGCCUUCUUAAAAGGCUACAUUCUUUGAAAGCUGAUGUGAAAAUCCCAAAAGACAUCUCUUCCUCAUAGACUGAGGUCUACAGUUGGUGAAACCCGGGGUUGAGUACAGAGAUAUACCCAACCUGCCUAGGACAUCAAGAGAUGCAGCCUCAGAACUGGUAUUGUCUGCCAGAGUUGACACCAAGGAAAGGUGGACGCAACAAGAUAGAUGAUAGAUAGAUAGAUAGAUAGAUAGAGAUCACAGCAACAAAUGUGCUUUAUUUAACUGUUUUGUCUGUUCAGUUUAAGAAGACAUGUGAUUGUGCAAGCAUCAUGCGCUAUGCUUGCAAGGUCUUGGUAAUUCACAACUCAUUAUUGUUGUUCUGUUAUAAUUAUGUUACAUGUUAUGUUGAUAUUAAACAUGAUAUUUCUCAUGUUUAUAAACAUUCCAUUUUUAAUUUACAUGGUAUUGUUGAUACUGGUAACAUGUUGUUUUACUAGAGAAGGAAAGGUCUGAACGAAGACAUUAUUAUUAUUAUUAUUAUCAUUAUCAUUAUCAUUAUCAUCAUUAUUAACUAGUAAAUAGUGUAAUACUUCUUCCAUGUAUGUUAUUUGUAUGGCUUCUUGGGGUAUAUAUGAUUCCUGGUAUUACGUUGAUACAGAUUUAUUAUUUUUUCUAUAGAUGAAGAGUUAAAACAAUUUGGAGCUAGGGAUUGCGUGACUGUGGCAGACUCAGUUGCAACCUCAAAAAAAAAAAGUGGUUAUGAAACUGAUCUUUUGAUCUGAGGAAUAGAGUUCUGAUCUAUGGUAGACUUGCAGUGUGUAAAUGAGCUACUGCCUCAGCCUUCUUCCUGGCUAAGACAAAAUGUCUUUGGCUAUAAACCUGACCUUCCGCUUUGGGUCAGUCACGAGUGGAAAAUUUCUGAGGGAAAGAUUAAUAAUCUAGUUUACAAAAUUCCUAUUAUUUCCCCGUAGCUCCUUAGUAUUUUGUAUAAUUCUCCUCCUGUUUAUAUCAUUCUGGCUAGCAUUUUUAUACAUUGAGUGAUAAACAUAUGUAUAGACAGUGGGGUUCAAUGGAAAUUAAAAUCUGUGUUUGGAAAAUUUAGAGCAUUAUACUAAAAACAAAGCCACCGACUCAAACAUCUUCCACACUUCCUGUGUGCUUGUGAACGCAAAUCUGCACACCAGAUGAUUGACAGACUUUAUAGCAUUUUAUAGUGUUGAUUACCUGCUCGGAGGAAUGAAGAUUUGCCUUGACGGAGUUUUCCCAAGUGUAACUUUGUUAAAAGUAUCUCACCUGGGGAGACUGAGCAGCCCUUGGCUAGAUAGACCAAGAGAUAAGGCAGCAUCAUACGUCAUGUAAGACAGGUCAAUAUUGUUUUUUUCCAUAUUGCAAAUGGAGUAUUGCAGCAGAAUGACUUCCCUAAGCCUCAGGGCAAAGGUUGAAUAUAAAACGGGACUAUCCAGCUUCAUAGUUCAGUUUCCAAACUGCAAUACUAUAACAGAGUCAGCAAUGUCGUAUAUCCAGAAUUUACAGUCAGCAGGUAUAGAACCAGUCUUCAGAAAUGACAUUCGCAUGCAAAAUGAGUCUCUGUUGAGUCCAGGGAGGAGAAGUAUCUUGAUGGGUGCAAAAUAGAAUGGCAGGUGUGUUGCUUUUGUUUUUUCCCCAUAAAUGUUAUGUUAAUGUAUUCUAUGUCCCCCUCUUUUUUCUUCCCUUAUGGUACUUGUGUGUUUGAGUGAUUAUGUGUGUAUUGCUGUAAGUUGCUUGGAGACCUUCAGGUGAUAAAUGUACAACAGGUUUAACAAAAAGAAUUGAAAUGGAUAAAUAAUAUAAAGGCUGAGUUGAAUUGCAAAUGAGUAGGAUCUUGUUUAUUGUUAGCGUUAUUGGUGUCAUUAUUGUUGUAGUUGUGAAAUAUAUUGGAUAUUGCAAUAGGUUGUGCUUAAUUAAUUUGCUUAAUUAAUUAUAUAUUGAGCAGUCUACUUGCUUUAAUUGUUCUUUUGUAUGAUUUGGAGUUGGCCCCUGGCUAAGCAGUGAAGUUUUUAUUACGUAUUUCUUUGUUUUUUUAUCUUGUAUGUUUAUGUUGUGAACCGCCCUGAGAUCUAGGGAGGAAGGGUAGUAUGCAAAUUUAAUAAAUCAUAAUGAAUAAUGAUAAAGACUUUGAGAUCCAAUAAUACAACUUGUAAUCCUCCUGCACUUAAACUAUGUGGCCAGCCCUUUAUCUGGAUUGAAUGGCUAAAGACAGGCAUCGCCAGGUCAAUUCAUGUGAUGGCUAAAUACAUUGUUCUAAUGUAUUUUUAGCGAUAAAGGCCUAAUUGAAUCUUUCAGCACUGAAAAAACCAUUUGGGUCCCAGAUCUACUAUCCUGAAUCAAGCGCUCCCUGUAUAAAUGCUUCUCAUUGCAGGCUUAGCCCCCAUGUUUGUGUUUAACACUUGGAACAUCUUUAUUUCCUGCACAUUUAAGUGACUUUCUUGUCUUAGAAAUGUUUCUAAGCCACUGUGGGUUACACUGUCAGUUAAGUGUUCGUGUAUGCAAGUUGUCUGUUCCGAUGAGAGUUAAUGGAAACUACCCUGCGUGGAACUGUAAUUUGCAAGUGAGGAGUAGCAAUGCAUUCAGUAUAUGUCAAACUAUUUUGACAUGUUACAGCUAUGUGCAAAUCUACUUUCAGCAUACUGAGCUUCACACACAAUUUCCUUUUAGGCAGAAAAAGCUGUUUUUUAAAAAAAAAUAUGCUUGCAUAUUUAUUAACCCACUGGGCCCUUUGAAAGUGAAGCUAGAGGCAGCACAGCAGAAUACGAUUUUUCAUAAUUUUUAUUGUGUUGCAGGCAUAAUUCUAUACCCAUUCUUACUAUUCCUCGGGCUAUAGAGCUUUACAUAUUCUGCUUACAGAAAAUCCCGGCAAACACAACUGCUGUACUAGCUUCAGUUUUCUUCCAUUCUGCAAUGAAAAACUUUACUUGAAAGAGAGAUUAUUUUAAUUUGCUGGUUUCCUCUCUUCCUCUAAUGCAUUAUUAUCUUGUUUUAAAAGUCCAUUACUUGGGUUUUAUUAUUAGCAGACAAAAAUACAGAAUUAGGUUCCAUUACAUGAAGGCUUAACCUUCAUGAAGAGCACUCGGAGCGAGCCAGGCGUCAUCAAUAUUUAACAGCUGUUGUUAUGAGGCAUUUCUUGGGGGAAUGUGGGCUCUCUGCUCGCACGCAAGGGCUUAAACAAGAGCCAGGCCACUGUCAGUUGCAUGGAAAGAUUGACAGUCUGUUCUCAUAGCGUGACAGCAAAGCCUUGGUUACUCAGCGCAAUUCUUUUAUACCAAAGGCAUGUUUUCCCCCUGGUGUUUCUGGAAAAAAACAAAACAAAAAAACACACAGCUCUGUUGGGGAGGAGGGGAAGGAAGCAGAGGGUGGGGUUUUCAAUUGCGGAGGUGGCUGACUGCCCAGCAGUUGCUCACAUCCAGGGAAGAUACAUUGGCAAGCUCUGAUCACGCAACCUGCAAAACGCUUGGAGUUGCUUAUUGGAAGAUGGUACCUCCUCGUGGAAAUAUAAAGCUCAAAUGGGAGAGCAAUUUUGGCUUAUUUUAAGGGGCAAGUAUUCAAAAGAGAGGGACGCGGGUGGCGCUGUGGGUUAAACCACAGAGCCCAGGGCUUGCCGAUCAGAAGGUCGACGGUUGAAUCCCCGCAACGGGGUGAGCUCCCAUUGCUCGGUCCCUGCUCCUGCCAACCUAGCAGUUCGAAAGCACGAAGUGCAAGUAGAUAAAUAGGUACUGCUCUGGCGGGAAGGUAAACGGCGUUUCCGUGCGCUGCUCUGGUUCGCCAGAAGCGGCUUAGUCAUGCUGGCCACAUGACCCGGAAGCUGUACGCCGGCUCCCUCGGCCAAUAAAGCAAGAUGAACGCCGUAACCCCAGAGUCGGCCACGACUGGACCUAAUGGUCAGAGGUCCCUUUACCUUUUUAUUCAAAAGAGAAGGUUGUAUCUUGCUGAUUUCUGUAUCUUAAAUGUCUGGCUGUGCAUCUGAAACACCAAAGAACAGAAACAUUCAAAUCUUCUCCCAAGGGGGAAAAGGAGAGGGGGAGACAUUUACAUGGGGGAGAAAAAGGCACUGCAUUACUGCUGGCGUUGUUGAGCCUGACACUGUUAGACACCACAACCCUUUAUAUAUCAUGCUGUGGGUGCUGUGGGUGCAACAGCUGUCAAAAGAGCCAGCCCCGUGUCUGGCUGAGCAACCAGCCGCAGCCAUGGGAGCUUCCACAGAGCUUAGGGUGGAGCCACGGGAGCCACCGAGGGGAAGGACACCCUCCCCAGGAGCACCGUGAGAACUGCAACGAGGAGAACACAAGUCAGGCCGCCUCAUAUCCCCAUCUGCCUUGUGUCGCCCUGCCAACACAAAGUGCAGGCUGUCUCUUUCUCAUUGUGAACCGGGUGUUUGUGGUCCUACAGGCUAUUGAUAAUUUGGAUUAGUUUGUGACUAAUUAUUAGUUUUAGUUAUUAGUAUUAGUUAUUAGUUUCUUACAAUAAAAUUUUGGUUGCUCUUGUUGUUUUACACAUUGCCACUUAUGUUAAAUAUGUACCGAUUCAUCCUUUCCAACAGCUGUUCAGGAGAAGUGUUUGAAAAAGCACACAGGUCAUGAAAUAAAGGAAGUUGGCAUGCUCAAGGAGCCUGCCAUACCAGAAGGCGGAUUCUUACUGGAGGUGAGUGAUAGACAGCGUUUCUUGAACUUCUGAAACACAGGGCGGCAAAUAAGACUGCUAAAGCUCCAACCUCUCAUACAUUUUUACCAACCCGAUCGCCAACAUUUACUUAUGUUAGUUAUGGCCUGAAAGAAAAAAACAAAUCCAGCUUUUCUAAGAUGCAUGUAGGUUUCUGUUUGUAGUAGAUUCCUACCCAUCACAGGAAAACAGGUGAGUGACUGGCAUGUUGCAGUUUUUGUGGCUUUCAUUCAAAAGUAAAUUCACUAAGCAGCAACUGGGCAGUUGCUGCUUAUUUCUGUGUCUCUCAGACAAAUCUUCAGCUGGGGCUGCCAUCUGGUGGAGCUGACUGCCAGGGUGAAUGGUCAGUGCACAAGUACAGGUUACUCUGCCUGGAAAGAGUGGUACAAAAGAGAACCGUUAACAAGCCCUUAGUGAAGCACCGUAAGCCCGAAAGGGAACAGGGCGACUCAUGACUAAGUCGGUCAUUGGGAAUAAAGGACUCCUCAAGGGCAAAAUGAAAUACUUGCAGCUGGUCCUGGGAAGGAUCUGUGAGACCACACUAUAUAAGCCUUCAGAAGAGGUGUGGUAGCUGCUGAAACAACAUGCAUCUUUCAGCUCCCCUGAGUCACUUUACUUGCCAUACCUGUUGACUGACCUCUUGUACAGGGGCUCAGUCCCUUUUCUCCUCACUGUAAAAUGGAUCCAACACACACAGAGCUGUGUGCCCUAGUACAAAUGGAAGGCCAUUUCUCUAGCCUGUCUGCCUUUCCCAUCUCUAUGUUUACAAGCCCACAUCCUUGUGAAAGAAAUAACAGGGAUGUGUGUUCUGUUUCCAAAUUCUGAAAAUAGCCAUUUGGAAAAUAGGCCCACCCUAAUGGGCAGAAAAAGGGCAAUGUGCUCAUAAAUGAAGCUGUUCCAGAUAAACUAAAAGUUCAGGGUCUAAAAAUGUAGUACCAUGUUGCGUGACUUGAAAAUAUGUCAAAGCAAGGCAUGUUUCAAGGCUUUGAUGGUUUAUGCUUUGGUAGCUAUAGCAACUUCCUUGCUGGAGAUUGCAAUACAGUCCACGCUUAUUUAUUUCAAGUAACAAUAGUAAGAGAAAUAAAUGUGGCUAUGGAGUUCGCUUAAAAAAAAAACAAAAAACCUUUUACUAACUGUGACCUUGACCAAGACGUCUUUGAAGUAGUUCUUGGCAGACUUUCAGAUAAAGCAUUGGAAGAAAAUACACUCUUUAUUAUAAAAGCUGUUGCCAAGAGAGGUUAGGGCUACCUCACAAUAUUUGUCUGCAUUAAUGUUUCUAAAACACGCUUCUUGCAAGAAAAUGAUAACUUUAAUCUGACAAAUACUUUGAACAUUAAACUUACUGUGAACUGUGAUGGGCUAAUCGUUAAGUAGAACUUUGUGACCAUGUAAUUAGAUCUACACAUUGAGCAAAGAAAACAGAGUACAUUUUCAAGCCGUGUACUUUUUUUUCUCGGGUGGGGGAGAGAGAAAAAAUUAUUCUGUUCCUUCUGCAAAAUUUGAGACUUAAAAAAAAAAUCCCAUUCUAUUUUAUCAUCAACAAAUGUUUACAGUGCAUAUUUGUUUCAAGUGCUUAUCCUAGAAUAGAAAUUUUGCCUGUACAGUAAUUGAAUCCAUGUGGAUAUACAACAUGCUGUCAUUUAUUCUCAUAGACUAAAGAGUAGCAUUGUUUAUUUGCAAGUCUCCUUGGUACUAUAAACAUCAUUUUUUUAAAAGGAUUCUAAAAACAUUUUAGAAGCCAGCUAGGCUGUUUUAUUAACAAAACAAAUAUAGGAUUCAUAGCACAUUGAUAAGAGUUUUGAUCAUACAGUAUUUGUUUUCCCCCUUAAAAAUUAGCAGCCGGAUUAUCAGGUCCCAAUCUGGGAAAUGGAAAGGGCCAGAGUUGACUAUAUCAGAGUUUGGCUGUGUUGCCUAUUAUUUUUUCAGACUGUUCAAUGUAUGGGGCAAGUUACAGAGCAACAUAAGAUUCUAAAAUACCAGUUCCAGGGAGCUUGCAUGCGUAGGGCUGGUUCAUACUUGACCCAUGCCUAGGAAACAUGCGUCUGACUGGUUUUCCACAUGCCACGUUCUUUCUAGGCACAGAUCCCCAUAUUUUUUUUGUGCCAAAUUGCAGCAAAUGUCAAUCUGGAGAAAAACUGGUAAACAGUGGGUUUUCCCAAUGGGGAAAGUGGAAGUGUGGGUGAACCCUUAGUGUUGAUCUGCAUUCUAGAAGAAAAUCCCAAGGAACCACUGCACAUAGUAUUUCCUAUAAGAGGUUACAGGAGAAAGACAGUACAAGUUGAAUGCAAAAGGAACAGUCUUUGUGGAGGCUGAAGGCAGGGGCUUCUCUGCAAGGUAAACAUUGCAGACUCUGGAAAACAAGGAUCAAGAGGGAAGUAGCUCAGUGCAGAACAAGAAGCAGAACAAGAUGGCUCUGGCACCUUCUUGGCUCUUGCCAUAGAAUAUUGUAUGCCAUUGAUUAACAAAUGUCAUCCAGGAUCUCCAAAGCCUGAUGAAAUAUGGAGGCACAAGCAUUAUCAAGAUCACUGAAAUGCUCCCAGUCCAGAGGGUUUGGAUCAUACAGCUUGUUGUACCAUACCACACAGUGAUUUAUAACUAGAUUUUUCAAGGAAAGCUCAUAAUUAGGGCAUCCUGCUGAACUAAUUUAGAUAUACCGGUAUAUUUUUAAAACCACAUGAAGACAUUUUAAAACCACAUGAAGAUCACGUUUCAUCACCCUGGUCUCCUUUGAGAGGAAGGCUGUGAUGCUGAUGCUGCUGCUGCUGCUGAUGAUGAUAGUAAGAAUCAGUGCUUUUUUCUAAAAAAAAGUUUAGGGGUACUCUCAUUUUGACUGAAGAAAACCACCAUUUUAUAGUUCAAAUUGGGAAAAAUAAAUACAGUAAAUGGACAAAAGUACAAAGAUUCACAAAAUGUUUAGGGGUCUGCAUACCCCUGCUUUCCCCUGGAAAAAAGCACUGGUAAUAAUAUUACCCCCCCAAAAAAAAUCCUUAUUAUUUACCAUGUAUGUUUAAAUGUGUGUAUAUUCACUAUUUGGCAGAUUAAGAAAAAACAUGACACCUCUAAUGAAUGAGUAAAGUAUAUUUCUGGCCAUUUUGUUUCAUCAUUUCUUCCUUUGCUUUUCUUCUUCCAUAGUCACUGAGUGGUUUUGUUCUGGUGGUGAGUGCUGAUGGAAUGAUAUUCUAUGCAUCACCAACAAUUGUGGAUUAUCUAGGAUUUCACCAGGUAAGGGGAUUAAAUUAAAUAUGUGGAGUCUUACAUAUUUUGCUGUAUUUGUAUUCAGUCUUCCAUUUUGCUCCAUUUUUUUGGUCAAAAACUCUAAAAAUCACACCAGUACUCCAUAUCCCUUUAUAAGCAUACACUAAGAAGAAUCUGUAUACAGUCUCAAAAUGGUAUUGUGUGUUAAAGGAACUCUGAUUAUAGUACGUCCACCCAAAUAGCAUUCAGUUGCCCACCGUGUUGGGCUCACUUACACACAAAUUGUUGUCCUUUGGGCUCAAAACCUCCCCUCGUUGCCCCUUGUUCAAUUUAAAUGCUGUAGGUUUGAGUAGACUGAUUCUUUCCUAUGAGAAAAGGUAUUAGCUUUCCAAAAAGAAACAAACCCCAAAACUUAUUUGUGCUAUAUUUUAAAAAAAUGCGAGCGAUCAGAUGCCAAAGACAGUAUGAAUGUAAUCAAAUAUUACUAUUUUAGACUGAUGUAAUGCAUCAAAAUAUAUAUGAUUACGUUCAUGUGGAUGACCGGCAGGAUUUCUGCAAACAACUACACUGGGCUAUGAAUCCGCCACAACUCAUUUCUGGACAACAUAUGCCAACGGAGUCAGGUAUGUUUGGUUAACAGUCUGUCAAUACAAAUAGAUACCUGCAAGAUAAUGGUGUGGAGGGAAGGAGGAAGAAAUGGGGCAGAGGUGGGGAGAUCUUUCCUUAUCUCAUUUACCCACCCACUUGCCAUUGGUCAUGCCCUCUCUCUGCUUCCAUUUUGCUUUGCUCCACCCCCCCACCCCCAUCCUUUGCUCUGUGCACUGCUACUCUUCCCUGCCAUCUCAGUCUGAUCCCACCUUACAGGCAGCCCCGCCCCCAGGAAUCCUGGGAACUGUAGUUUAAGGGUACUGGGAAUUGUAGUUCUAAGAGGGGUAAACUAGUUCCCAAAGUUCUUUAAAUGAUUGUGGUGUGGAUGUGAGUUCUCUCUCUCUUUUUCCCUCACUCUCUUCUCACGGACGCACUGUUCCUCAGAUGCGUGCCUGUUUUAUCUGUUGUCAUUGUUGGAAUUGUAACUUUCGUUUCACAAUUUUUAGGAGAAGAAUUCAUCCUUAAUGAAAUGUUUAAAGCACAGGAGGGUAACAGUACGCCAUCAGACUUUUCAUCCUUUUUAACUCGGUGCUUCACUUGUCGAAUUCGCUGUCUUUUAGACAGUACUUCUGGCUUCCGUGUAAGUAAAUCAUACGUGUUAUUAGUUCAUUUCAAAAUAAUGACGUGUGUGAAAUGUAGAAAUCUGGAAACAGAGCAUUCUUUAUAAAGGCAUCCCCCCCCUUUAUACAUGUUCUAAAGGUAAAGGUAAAGGGACCCCUGACCAUUAGGUCCAGUUGCGACUCAGGGGCUGAGGCGCUCAUCUCGCUUUACUGGCCGAGGGAGCCGGCGUACAGCUUCCAGGUCAUGUGGCCAGCAUGAUUAAGCCGCUUCUGGCAAACCAGAGCAGCACACGGAAACGCCUUUUACCUUCCCGCCAAAGCGGUACCUAUUUAUCUACUUGCACUUUGACGUGCUUUCGAACUGCUAGGUGGGCAGGAACAGGGACCGAGCAACGGGAGCUCACCCCGUCGCGGGGAUUCAAACUGCCGACCUUCUGAUCGGCAAGCCCAAGAGGCUCUGUGGUUUAACCCACAGCGCCACCCACGUCCCUUAUGCAUGUUCUACUCGUGCGCAACUUCGUUUACAUGCAGUGCCAGGAAAUAAGUAAAUAAUCCAAUUCAUACCUGGAAAUGUCCUCAUGGCUCGCAAGCAGACCCUCCCUGGAGCCUGAAGAGGACGACAGUGAGGGUGGAUGAAGCCUUGAAGCGUCUGGAGGUGCAGCAGGGCUUUGUUUGCACUGUUCAGCCUCCUUGGCUAACAACUUUCCUGCGCAUCCUCCUGCCGGCUCCAGAGCUUCAAUCCUAGUUGUGGAUAUUUUGGGAUACAUAAUUUUUGAUCUGGAUUGGAGAGAGCAGCAGAUGGGAUGUUUAGGCGGUGCUCCCCGCUUUACGCAAUUUUCGCUUAUGCCCACAGGGGCCUGGAACAUAACCCCCAUGUAAGUUUCAAUUACCGUAUUUUUCGCCCUAUAGGACACACUUUUUCCCCUCCAAAAAUGAAGGGGAAAUGUGUGUGCGUCCUAUGGGGCAAAUGCAGGCUUUCGCUGAAGCCUGGAGAGUGAGAGGGGUCAGUGCGCACCGACCCCUCUUGCUCUCCAGGCUUCAGGAAGCUCUGCGCAGCGAUCCAGAGCCCGGCACAAAGUCGCGCUGGGCUCCCGAGGGCUGCGCGGAGGUGCCUGCAGCCCCGGGCUUUGCCCAGCUCCGCGCCGGGCUCCUGACGGCUGCGCGGAGCUGCCUGCAUUCCGAAGCCUGGGACGCGCUGAAGAGCGCGCCCGGGCUUCGCGCACCUCUCCGCAAGCCUGGGGAGACCGGCGUGACUUCGCGCCGGGCUCCCUAGGCUUGCGGAUAGCAGGCUGUUCUGGGGGCUGGGGUCGGGGGAAGCUCGGGCUUCCCCCGCGCCAGCCCCACGCCUGGGGGGGAAAUAGCAUGUUUUUUUCUUUAUUUUCCCCCCAAAAAACCUAGGUGCGUCCUAUGGGGCGGUGCGUCCUAUGGGGCGAAAAAUAUGGUAUUUUCCUAAAGUAUUGCUGCUGCAACAUUGCAGUAAAGGGGUGCAAUAUUGCAACUACAAUGCCUACACUUCAGGAGCGAACUAUAUGGCAGGCGAGAAAUGGGAGAGUUAAAGAUUGCUUCCCUCCCCUUUCUGCUGCUGGAAGUCUUCCAUCAGUGGAACAGGAUCACUGGAUACAACCAUUCACAUCUGAUGGGGUGCAUGAGGUUCCCUUGCACAAAAAUGGCUUUUCUGGUUCCACAGAGGAAGCUGCCUUCUACUGUCCACAGUCGGGGGUAGUUGCUGUGCAGGGUUUCAGACAAAGGUCUCCUAGCAUUAGCUGGUGACGCCAGGGAUUGAGCUCGGAAACAUUUGAUUGCAACUCACAUCCUCUGCCAGGGAGCCAUGGCACUUCUGCAGGUUUUUGGAUGCAAUUUUUCUGAGAACCAAAGUGGUGGCAGCUGUUUCUGCACAGCUGGAUCUCAGAAUGACUCUUAGGGAGAAGCCAGGUGGGUCACACUUCUUACUUUUUAAAGCACAUUUCCACUCUCAUACUUUCAUGUGGCUCAGCUCAUAGGACCAUAGAAUUGUAGAGUUGCUUCCUUCCUUGUGAGCUGGGCAAAUGAGAGGAAGACCAGCCCAAAUAAACCUAGUGACUUCACAGCUAAACAGUUAUUGAAGCCCAAGUCAUCCCAAAGUCCUACACUCCAUCUGAUACACCUCACUGGAUCGUGAUAUGAUUCCUUGCCACAUCAGAGUUGUCUCCACUAUGUUAUCCAUGUGGAUCUUCUCAAGGUAGUGGUAGGGAUUCUAGCUACAUCCAAGUGGCUAUGGCAACGUAUGACUCUCCCCAAUGAUAGGAACCAAGCAAGCAGAGUCAGAACAUUACAAUUUGAUAAGGUUUACACAUUUCAAAUGGGUUUUUUGUGGAACAAUGCUUGCCGACUUUCUCCCGUGUUUUUCCUGUUUUCCAGGCGAUGCACUUUCAAGGCAAACUGAAAUUUCUCUUUGGGCAGAAAAAGAAGUCAUCCUCAGGAGCAAUAUUACACCCUCAGCUGUCCUUAUUCUGCAUAGUGGUGCCACUUCUGCUUCCUUCUGUGGCUGACAUGAAGCUAAAAAGCCUUUUUGUGAAAUCAAAAUGCAGAUCUGAUCAAGCAGCCACAUCAGAUGCAAAGCAAGUACAAAGGCAUCUUGAGACUUCCUAUUAGUAUUUGUCAUAGCCCCAGACCCUAAGUUCUCAAAGUGCCUGAGCAAUAGAAGCUCAGAGCAGGGGGUAGAUCCGGUCCACAGCCUGGUGGGGGCAAAGAGGAAGGCAGGUAACAGUUGGUGACGCCAAGGCUAAAAAUGGGCAAAGCACUGUAAAGCUACACAUAAGAGUAAGGUUCUUUUUUGUCAUUGUUUCAGAUAUAUUGAAUUUUCUCCUCUGUCUAUCAUCAUCAUCAUCAUCCUUUUUAUUCGACCGUCAGUCAGAAAAAAGUACAUUUUGUCAAUACACAGUUAAAAACAUCCAGGAAGAUUUUAAAACUUAGCCAACACUAAAAUGGGCUAAACAGAUAGCCCCAUAUCAAUACAGUCAAUUAUAGUCUUGCGACGCUUAAAAGCUAAGAAGAGAAAUUUGGCCACCAAGGAAGGUAUAGCUCUAGUGGCGUUAUUCAGCAAGUGUAAAACCUGGUUUUCUCCGGGUAGGAAGCUGAAUUGACAUAGGAGAGGGUCUAUAAAAUUUUGUCUAAGCUCUGCAUAAGAAGGGCAAGUCAAGAGAAUGUGUUCGGUGGACUCAACCACACCCAUGGCACAAUGACAAGUUCUCUGGGCGUAGGGUACUCCCCUGUACCUUCCCCACAAUAUCGCAGAGUCAAGGACAUUUAAUCUAGCCGCUGUAAGGAGUCUGAGGUAUUCCACAUAGUGGAUUUCUGCAAGGUAGGGGGCUGGUAUGGUCCAGUGAAUCUGGUCCCCUAGGAACAUCCCUGGUUUUACCUGGGCUAUGUCCUCUUGUCUGGCAAUGUCACUCAGUCUCCGGGAGAUCUCCUCUGUCUAUGCUGAAUACUACCGCUCAAAUCACUUAUGAUCUGGCAAAUGCUGCACUGACAACCUGCCAGUAAAUAACGUCAAUACAAUACCUGUCAAACGAGUAGCAUCUUACAUUCCAUCAAUACUUUUUGUCCUGUAAUGGGAUAAAGGGACAUGCCCAAACAUAUAAUGGCACUACAGUACUUGAAACCUAUUCUGUAGCAUUCUAAGAAUGAUUAAUCCAGUCAUAUGACUUCUGCUACGAACCCAAGUAAGAUAAUGGAUGUAUCGAUGUGCAAACUCUUUCAGUGUAGAAUUCAGAAGUUGCUUUGAAGUGCUUUUUUGUGGGAUUUACUAUGACAGUGGCAGGCAUGCAUAUCCAUAGUGUAAUUUAUAAAAACGUUUUGGUUUUAUUUAAUUUUUGCAGCUCAAAGGCUAUUUCUGAACAGUAUAUGGCUGAUCUUCAUAGAAGGAAUGCUUUUCAAGAAGGUAUCAUUUUCACCAGUGGUUUUUAAAAUCAUUAUUCUGCAUUUAUCCAUGUAAUAACUUUAUGUGGUGCUUGCUUGAAUUUUUCUUUCAAGGUAAAACUUCCCCAAUUUUUUUGCCAUUGCUAUUGUGGCUGAGGUUGCUGAUACAUAAAUGGAUUGCAGCAGCUGUCCUCUUGAAACAUUUGCCAUUCUUUAGCUGUUUACUAAUCCAUCUAAUGGGGACGCGGGUGGUGCUGUGGUCUAAACCACAGAGCUUAGGGCUUGCCGAACAGAAGGUCGGCAGUUCGAAUCCCCGCAAUGGGGUGAGCAAGUAGAUAAAUAGAUACUGCUCUGGCAGGAAGGUAAACUGUGUUUCCGUGCGCUGCUCUGGUUCACCAGAAGUGGCUUAGUCAUGCUGGCCACAUGACCCGGAAGCUGUCUGCGGACAAACGCCGGCUCCCUGGGCCUAUAGAGCGAGAUGAGCGCGCAACCCCAGAGUCGUCGCGACUGGACCUAACAGUCAGGGGUACCUUUACCUUUUUAAUCCAUCUAAUGCAAGCAGAGACCCAUGAGAUUUCACACAAAUGGUGUUAUGGGUUCCACCCCCUCAAGAACUGGAGGGCUGCAUUUAGCAGUUCACUGGAGAAAGAGGUUGGGGGUGAUCAAGUUUCCUCCCCAUCUCUAGUCGCAGAUUAUGCUUUGUCAGCCUGCCAGGCUUUUUCCUUCAAGUUUCUUUGCUUUAUUGACUGGUCUGCAGUGUUUGGGCUUUACUCAUUGUGUUUUUUUGCCAUUUUAAAUUAAAAUGUCCCAGAGAUAUAACAGUAACUUACCCCAAAAAUAACUGCCCUAGCUCCCCUGUGAAAUUAAAGACUGCCUUUGCACUAGCUAGCUAGAGGUUUGUGUACAGAUUUCACACAUCUAGGUGUUGCUAUCUAGUUAUUCCGGCUGGCUGAACAAGCAUGUGUAGUGCCAAAACAGUGCUAUUGAAAAGGGUUUAAAUCGAAGCAGUGUGCUUUCAUGCAAUGGUUCUCCCAUACAGUGGUACCUCGGGUUAAGUACUUAAUUCAUUCCGGAGGUCCAUACUUAACCUGAAACUGUUCUUAAUCUGAAGCACCACUUUAGCUAAUGGGGCCUCCCACUGCCGCCGUGCUACCGGAGCACCAUUUCUGUUCUCAUCCUGAAGCAAAGUUCUUAACCUGAAGCACUGUUUCUGGGUUAGUGGAGUCUGUAACCUGAAGCGUAUGUAACCUGAAGCGUAUGUAACCUGAAGCGUAUGUAACCUGAGGUACCACUGUAUUAGGCAAUGACAGACUUAUGUUUUCUCUAUCCUGAAUGAGUGUUCAGUGCUUCACUGAAUAGAUAGAUUGCAUACUUAUCAGAUGCUAAAGCAUUUAUAAAGUAGCAUACUUAAAGUAUUUUCCACCAAAAACAUUGUCCCUCAAAUUUUAUAGGAAAGAAUAAUAGAGAAAAUGGCAUUUCUCUGAAGAGACUGCAAGCAAACGAAGACCAUUGGGUUUGGAUACAGGCCAGUACUCAAGUUCAAUACCGAAAUGGUUCUUCAGAAUAUGCCAUUGCUCUACAGCAAGCUCCCAAGUAAGUAUGCUUAAAACAUAAGCAUUUCAAAAUAUAAAUAUAUUGUGUGAGAAAUAAGCUAAGAGGAAAGAUUGCUUUUUUGUUGUUCUGAUUGGUGUAGAAAGUGCAACAUUCAGCUAAGGACUCAUGGCCAAAGAAUGAAUGGAAUUAAGGGCACCCAAGUAGCACUUGCUCAUGAGCAUGAGUGUUUCUGGAGUCAGAUGAUAAUAAUUUAAUAAUAAUAAUUUAUUAUUUAUACCCCGCCCAUCUGGCCGGGUUUCCCCAGCCACUGAGUGGGUGACAGGAGCUGGCAUGCUGGUUGGACAGUGAGUCUGGGCAUGGACCCCUGUGCCAUUGCAGCAUGGGACUCUGUUUCAAGGGAGUUCUUUAGACCACAAUGCCAUCCACUCCUCUUGCCUCCUAGCUCCUUUCUGGUCCCUGUGCCCAUCCGUGCCCUAUCACCUCUGGCUGGUUUCCAGGUGACACCCCCCCCUCCUCGUGUGGCCCAUGGAGGCUGCAGUUCCCAUAAGCUCUGACAUGCUGUACUUUAUACACUAAUUUGGAAAUACUGUUGCUUACGAGGAUAACCUCUAGCAUCUCACCAAAAGCAUCUGGUGCUGCUUCUACUUGCCUAAACAAUUGCUGAUUUUUGUUGGAUCUACCUUUUGAAUUUUUAAACAAUUCAGGCACAUGGAGGUGAGAGUUGAAGUCAGACCAAUAUUGCUUGGGUUGGCAUGUUUCUAAACACAGUUUAGAAUUUUAUUCUCACUACCAAGGCCUCCCUCUACUGGUCAAUAAUGUCAAUAUUUGUAAUCACAUCUUUUCUGAUCUGCUUGUGGGCAGAUGUCUCAGUGGCCAUGAGCAAAGCUCUUACUUUUGCAAGUAUUCCAUACAGUUGGAAGCAUGUUUAAAAUGUGCUUACCUCCAUGUGCUAGAAGACAGGGAGCCAGCCAUUUUGUGAAUGUUUUUGAUUCAAUUAUUACUUUCGAUUUUUUUGGAAGCUAUGUAUUCCCUUUCUCCCAUGCUGGAGUUCAUAGAUAGAUAGAUAGAUAGAUAGAUAGAUAGAUAGAUAGAUACAUGAGCACUCAUACAAACUGCUUGUUAGCUGUUUCCUCUCAUAACAAGGCUAACUCACCCUCAUUUGUUACAUACAAAUAUUGAUGCUGGAUCAAGGGUUUAGUUACCAAGGGCAACCAGAGGUUUUGGUCAUACACAAUAAGGCUUAAAAAAACUUUUUUUUUACAUACUGUAAGCCCACAACUGGGGACGCGGGUGGCGCUGUGGGUUAAACCACAGAGCCUAGGGCUUGCCGAUCAGAAGGUCGGCGGUUUGAAUCCCCACGACGGGGUGAGCUCCCAUUGCUCGGUCCCAGCUCCUGCCAACCUAGCAGUUCGAAAGCACAUCAAAGUGCAAGUAGAUAAAUAGGUACUGCUCUGGCAGGAAGGUAAAUGGCGUUUCCGUGCGCUGCUCUGGUUUGCCAGAAGCGGCUUAGUCAUGCUGGCCACAUGACCCGGAAGCUGUACGCCGGCUCCCUUGGCCAAUAAUGAGCGCCGCAACCCCAGAGUUGGCCAUGACUGGACCUAAUGGUCAGGGGUCCCUUUACCUUUAAGCCCACAACUUAUGCAUUCAGCUUUACAGGCUUGGGAAAAAAAUUUAAAAGGGCCGUGGGCAUUGGGGGGGGGGGACUUGGGGAAUCCCACCUGCCAUUCAACCCAGUGUGUUUUCACUAUACACGAUUUUGACUUUAGGCACACUGGAACGUAAUCCCCACAUAAAUUGUGGGUUUACUGUGUAGGCUUAUGAGAUCUAUAGUCUGACGGUGGUGUCUCAGGAAGAAGCGUGCUCCUGAAUACCCACUGCUGGAAAUGGCAGGAGGGUGCCAAUCAGACAUUGCAUGCUAUAUAUAUUUGACCACCAAACCAUACACAGGCAUGAUUUCUUAAAACUUUAUUUUUAAAAUUUUAAAACUACAAACAUCUAUAUAGCAUGAAAGGCAAAACACAAUAAGAAAAGUGGAAAAGGAGAGAGAGAGAAUGUUGGGGGAAAUAGUUUACACAAUGAUAUUAAAUUAACAUCAAAGAGCUAUGUAGAGUUAUUUUAUCUGCUAUUCUCUCAUUCCUAAAAUGACUUAUUGGAGAGGUGCUUUCAUUCUUGUCAGGAGUGGGCUGAUUAUCAGUCAAUUGGAGAUGCAUUCUGGUGCUUAACAAAUAGAUUAGCCAGAGAAUUAGGCAUAAACAGGCAUCUAGAGCUGUUGCUCCUCCCUGACACUGAGAGCAAGUUUACCUCCUAUCAAUGACAGCCAGCUGCACACACUCUGUCUCGCUUGCCAAAGCCUCAUGCUUUGCACAGCCACUUGUAGAGCAAAACGUAAGGAGCCAAAUUGGACAUCUGGGUAACGGUAUGGAAAUAAAUUGUUAAUCUCAGUGAUAAAACACAGUACAUUAAGGGAAGGUCUUCAUGCAACCUAUAGCUUGUGGGAUUUCAUUGCUAGAAGAUAGGCUGAUUCGCUUUGAAUAAGGAUUUAACAUAUUCAUGGAGGAGACGACUGUCAGUAGCUGUAAGCCCCCAUCUCUGUAACUAGAACCCCAUGCCAAUAAGUUGUAUACCUCCAAAUGAAUAGGGGGUGUUCCUCACCUUCAUGCCUUGGCUAUGAGCUUCAAGAGUCAUGUGACUACAGCUGAAGCAGAAUGGGGGAUUAGAGAAACUUCUGAUCCAGCGGAAAUUCUUAAAUUAGUGAGAAGCUUUUUGAAACCUUUUUGCUUCUUCAAAAUAAAUGUAGGUAUAUUUAAACACUUUUAACUGAUAGUUGGAUAAAACCCAGAACUUCCCAGUCAAGUUCUACUUAGAGUAGACACAUUGAAAUUAAAAGACCUGUUAGUCACGUUUUUUUCUAGUGUUGGAGUCAACCUUUUGCAACUGUGAAACAUGCAGGAAAAUGUACCGUAAGUUAAUAUUUAAUGGAAUAAUCCACACACAUAAAUGAGAGGAUACUGCGCAACAUACACACUGGUAAAUUUAUAACAUAUAAUAAACAAUAAUGCACCAUUCAAUCAAAAUUGAAAAACAGGCAGCUGAUAGCAGUGAUAUGCCAAUGAAUUCUUGCUCUUCUCCAUCACCAUAUUUCACAUGUUGCUGGGGGGAAAAGCUUUUAUAAGUUUUUUAAAAUAUAUUUUUUCUACCUUUAUUGAAAGGGAAGACUGUCAUCAGAAGAUAGCAAGCAGCACCGCAAACACAAAAAGGAACAGGGAAAACCUUGUACAGAUGAAGUAUAGUAAGUGGGCCCCAAGGAAAAAAGAGCAGGACAGCAUAAAAGUCAAGUUUGAACCUUGUACGGAUGACGAAGAAUGUUUUAUUCAGCAAGAACUUGUCGGUCCUACUGCAUCGCUAUUCGGUACUCAAUACAGUAACAACAGAAAUGGCAUUUCGACUUCAGUGAAUCCAUCAAAUUACUGUUCUAGAAGUCAGCGUAAUGAGACUACAUGUUCAAGCAAAACUCCUAGACCUUUCUACAAUAGAGACCAACGGCUCUUUAGUUUAUCAUCAACCUGUCCUUCUCCCUGGGGUGGCACAGAAAAUUGCCAGCCUCAUCCAAGCUUGCAGCAGUACACAACACAAAGUUAUUCUGGAGAAUACAUGAAGUUACAAUGUCCAUUAGUAUCCUCAGAAACUCCGUACAACACGGGGUUGGCUCAUAACAUCAAAACUGAAUAUGAUUCAGAUUCUGAAAAUAUAGAUGCUGUUUCAGCAAGUCGGGUCUGGAUUGGUGAAAACAGCACAAGGAAAAAGCAAGCGAUCCGUUUUCCUACUAGGGUUCACCUCAAAACAGAACUGGACCUCAGUGAGCAUCUGUCUCCUUGCCAAACCCCAAAGCAGUGUGUUUAUCCGCCGUAUAACUGGCAACACAUUGUGAUGAACCAUCCCAGCCUCAGCAGAAGUGGACCUGGCAAAGGAGUUCACAGCAAGGAGAUAGUUCCUCUGAGCUCCCAAAACUCAGUCUGUGCAGAAGCAGUGGAGGGUGCACAAGACACUCAUUACUGGAAUGAAUUUUAUAAUCCCAGUUUAGUAGAAGAGAGGGGGCUGAACAGGCAAGUUCUGAAGAUGCAGUGCGAAUUUAAAAACCCCAGCUUUAUUCAGACAGUCAAACACGAGCCCUUAGAGUCUUCUCGCAUGUCUGGCAGAGUACAAACUACUUUUCCUGAAAGCACAUUAGCCGGCUCUCAACCUCAUAAAAUAAUGGGAUGUGCAUUUUCACAACAAAUGGUAUAGGUGUGCUUCCAAAUGUUCACAACUGCCUUGUUAGUGCAGAGAUGGGACGAAAGAGGAAGUUUCUCAUUAAUAGGGCACUCCCCAUUACAGGGAUUUAAGGAUCUAUUUGACAUUGUUUUGGGGCAACACAGUGUCCUAGCCAUGGUUAGCCCUCCUUAACUUAAGGAUAGUGUGUGAUAGGUACCCAUAUAUAUAGUACCAAACAUCCACAAAACAUGACAGAGAAGUGGCCUUAAUAUUCAUAAAAGCACUGUACAAUAUUAUUGCAGACAAUUCCCUACUGAAAUUGAAGGCCAAUUUAAAUGUCUGUUUUAAGAAAAAGAAACUGUUUGCAUAAAACAACAUAGCAUGUUAAUUUCUCUCUGCUGGUAGUUCUUUAGCUCCCAGGUAGUUCAAACAUCUCUCUUGUGCUAUUCAAAAAUAAAAAAUUAGUUCCAUAUGAACAACAGGGAUGCAAAAGGCAUACUUCUCCAUUUCCAGUCUUUUAGGCUCCAAGCAGGAGAAGUUAAAAAAGAGAGAAGGUGGGUAUCAGAAGAAACAGAGUCUCUAUGGACACAAAGUAGGGGAUUACUGCAAUCCUAACUGGAGAUGGGGCAUAAGAGUAGGGAAGAUCCCUAAUCUGCCUGGACCAGCUUUUAUGGCUGCUGAGGAUGUUUGGCUAUUAUUGUUGCCUUUUACUAAAUUGUAAUUUGUGUCUGGAACCCCUGAUCCUACAGAUCAACAUAUUGCAGUGGCAUAAAUGGUGAUUAGCACUGUUUCUACGCAUGCUGCUCAGGAAACCCCAGUUUAUUUCCUUCCAGUUGGAAGUGCCUGGUGCUUCGAUGAAUCAUGAGGGCAGGUGUUAAGUCCAACUGUUAGCGCUGCUUCAGUUUGUUGGAGUAUGCAACCAGCAGACAAAGUUGGGCUCUGGGGGUGGGGCGUGAACGAUAAUACAGAACUGUAAAACAUGAUUUAACUUGAAUAUCUCCUUGCUUGCAUUUGUAUUGUAAUGCUUUGCUUUCCAGUCAUAUUUUAUAUGGAAUAUACAAUUGCAUCUCUGCAAAGCUUCUAAUGGGCAACGUACAUUGAAUUUAAUUAAGUCACUGUUUUGUUUUUUGUUUUAUAAACCCAAAUACUAACACUGGAUAUUUAACCUAGUCAUUCAUGUGUCCUGUUGCCUUCCUGAACAAAAAAAUAUGCUACUAAUUUACAGCGUAAUCUGAUCCAUAUCUAUUCAGAAUAUUGAGUUCAAUGCGUGAUGUUCAACUAAGUUUUACUGAGAGUAGAUCGAUCAUAAUUAAUGAACAUGAUUAAGUUAGGUCCAUUAAUUUCAACAAGUCUACUCUCAAUAAAACUUAGUUGAAUACCAGCUAAUGAGACUUAUUCCUUAGGGAGAAUCAUAAUCAAAUGUUCACAUUCUCUAUCAAGAGAAUAAUGACUUUCAUGUUCCCGAAAUGUAUUAAUAGGGGAGAAAUUAUAGACCAUUUUUCACUAUGAAGACAGUUUCACUACCAAAUGAAAAUAAGUAGCAGCUGUUUAUUUGAAGGAGCACAGACUUACAAUGCACAACGUAGAGUGAUCAACUAAUAUUUUAGCUUAAUCAUGCUCACUGUUCAUAAAAUAUAUUAUCCGGUUGCUCUAUGAUCUUCAUAUCUUUAGC